GGUAGCCCAGGCUGCUCCUAGUUCUCCCAGCUCUGCCAGUUCACGCCUCUCUCCUACCUGUAGAGCAGGAUCCACUCAUUGCUGAGUAUUCCUCCCAAGGCAGCACCCAGACAGGACACCCAGUGCCAGGCAGCACCCACAGGAGACCUGAGGGGGCACCCAGUUCACACCAGCACUCACAGGGCUAGAUCUCACUCUGACUGCUCCUCCAAGCAGGGGAGGGUACCCUAAACCCUAGCACUCAGUCCUGGAACUUCACUUCACCCGCAGGGCACUGCCAACAUGACCUCCUUCUUUAAAAAGCGAACUACUGGCAAAUACAGCCCCAGUGGCCCGAGCAUCCAACCCAAACUGUAAGUACAUCAGCCCUAGGCUCUUCCUGUGCAUACUCUGUCUAUAUAAAGUGCGAGCUGUUGGGUCCAGACACAUCCUGCAGGGAGUCCCUGUAUGUAUCCCUGAGUAUCACACUCUCAGACUGUGAACUGUUGCUCUGGGGACACCAGGCUUUAAAAUAUUGGGUAAAUUAAAGGUACAGUCUUUUCUCACUUACAAUUGAAAAAAGUCACAUACUUGAUAAGCAUGAUGGGAGUUGUAGUCAGCAAAAUGUGUAGAGCUAAGGCUGCCUACCCAGCGCUGGAGAGAGUUUAGCAAAUAGUUUUUGCUGCCCCCUUAUCUCCCUCCACCAACUCAGCAUUCCCUGCUGCAUUCCUACCCCAACCUGGAUUUAUACCCUGUGCCCUCUUUAAUGGCUCCUUAACCCCUUCCUUCCUGUCUCCCUGUCUCUGCACCUGUGCCUUGCUUGUACCCAUGCCCCCAAACAGCCACCCAUGGGCACAGUGCCCUAUAUGGUUACAUCCACAAUGAUAUUUCUGGAACAUUAUUUGCAUACCUGGAAUGGAUGUCUCCCUGUGCCUGGUACUGGAUGUCUGCCUCCCUUCAUUAAGCUACAUAUUAACAUAGAGCAUCCUUCAUUAAACUAAUGCAGAUAUAAAAUACCUCCUAUCCAGUCAUUAAUACAGAAUAUAUUAUACUAUGUGUGCCUCUGAGUGAGAUAAUGCAUAAUAUUGAUCAAUUAUCAUAUGAAUACUUUGUUUCCCCCCUGGCUUGGUUACAUGUCAGUGCAGGCUGUGUGCUUGCUGUAUAGCUGUGUGCAGUAUGUACUGUGCUUUGUAAUCACUGGGGGGCCUGAUCCUGGAUGUUUGUACGCCCUGUUUGCUUUGGAGGUGCUAAUUAAUUCCUCAGCAGGAUUUUGGUAUCAUCCAUUGUGCAUUUAUCACAGCCUUAAAUAAAACAAUCCGUCUUUUACUGCAGUGAUACUCAAAGCUUAAUUCAAAUACGUAGAAGAAUUUGCACUCUGGUUUAUUUACUAAACAGCGAAUUGUAGGAAUUGGAAAACCAAAUUGCAAAAUUUAGGCAAACUAGCUGAUUGGGAAAAAUAACCCACUCCGUAGUCACCUCUUGGCUAUUUUAGUCUGUUUACAUUCAGAGCUCACAGGUUAGUUAAUAAACCCUUGAAAGUCACAAAUGUAGCUUUGAAAUAACUAGAUCAAUCAUCAGUUUGUCUUCUGAUCUAACAAGCUCUGUCAACUUGUACUGUAUACAAGCGCAGCAUCAUGGGAAAUGUAGUUUGUAUUCAUUUGCAGUGCCUAGGAGAGCCAUCAUUGCCCUGUCCUUCUUAUAUAGGGCGCUACAGAAUGUUUCGCCCUCUGUAGACUCUCCUGGAGGCUGGUUCCAUUUAUUUUUAUGCACUUAGCAGUCAAUUAAAGUGAAAUCAAAACUAAAAUUGCAAAAUUCAGGCCUAACGAACCAAACCAUGACAGUAGCUCAGUUGGAUAAGUUCCAAAUCACCUCCCUUGGUCAACAGUUUUCAGUUCUGUUUAUGGUUCUAUGCUCUCCACCGCUUAGAGAAUAAAUCCCCACUAAAUAACCAUCAAUCAUUGUCCGACUAUGAUCCCAAACUUAUACCACGGCACGAAUGUGCUCCCUUUUUAUUGAAGGAUUCGAGCAGAAUGGAAUAUCUGAAAACUAUGUGUAGUGUCUAUGUGCUUUGUGGGGGUCUACAUAUACAGUGUCUGUGUACUAGAUUUCUAUAUACAACGUCAAUCAUACAUAUUCCCCAAAUAACACUGUCUUAGAGUAUUGUUUUUUAGAUUCGACCCCACCAAGUAAUUUCUUGGGGUGGAAAGGGGACGGCUGGCACUGUAUUAAAGAAUAUAGCUACGGGCAUGUUUCUAAGAACUGUACACCUUUAGUUUCUCCUAAAAUGGACACCUCCUCAAUAUGCUUACAACCACAGCUCCCAUAAUGCGUUGUUCUACCUUUUUGGCGACCAUGGAUUUACUCAAUUUUAUUGCCGACCCGACCUACUAGAGGCCUGUGGCAAGAUUGGUCCUGUGGGUGAUUUUUUUUAAUGGAAAAAUAAAGUUAAAAACGAUCACAGGGUUUGCAUUUUUGUCUAAAGAAGGAAACUUCGCUACACAUGGUCAUAUCUGGGCAAUCUUCCAAAAUGGCGGUGAGAUAUGGGGUGUGAAGGAGUGAGCGAAUUGUGAUAUGCAUUUCAUUAGAGAAUCCUUAAGGAUUCCUCUGUCAUUUGCAGGGUGACUAAAGCAUCCCUCCCAACAUUUCACAUGGACAAAGAGGGACACUUUAAUUUUAGGGGUGUGCGUGGGGCAUGGCCAGGGGCGGGGCUGUUCUGAGAAAUUUUAGGUGACUUGUGAAUAACAAUUCAUGCAAAUAAAAUUUAAUUUAGAACAAGAACGAUGUAUCUUAUUUACACAGACUGAUUUCUAAACACAUGUAUUGUAGGUUAAUUAUUGCUGUGGAGCUCUGUUAUACACUCAGUCACAUUACUGGGAGUAUUAUUGCUGUGGAGCUCUGUGAUACACUCAGAUACAUUACUGGGAGUAUUAUUGAUGUGGAGCUCUGUUAUACACUCAGACACAUUACUGGGAGUAUUAUUGCUGUGGAGCUCUGUUAUACACUCAGACACAUUACUGGGAGUAUUAUUGCUGUGGAGCUCUGUUAUACACUCAGACACAUUACUGGGAGUAUUAUUGCUGUGGAGCUCUGUUAUACACUCAGACACAUUACUGGGAGUAUUAUUGCUGUGGAGCUCUGUUAUACACUCAGACACACCAACAAUAUGGAGCUCCUAGGAAAGAGGGACAUUAGGAAAGGAAAGAAGGACAGAGGAAUGUUGGCCCAAAAUAGGGACUGUCUCUCCAAAAUACGGACACUUGGGAGGUAUGCUGAUGGAUUUGUAGAAUGUUAGCAGAAGAAUGAAGUAAAAUCUGCUUCAUAAAUAUGGACUUGUCCUAGUUGGGAAAAUAAACUUUGGUUUCUAUGGGAACACCUCUUGCAAAGCAGGAAAGCCUCAUUAAGAUUGUCAGCUUACAAUACAGGUAUCACUUAGGUGUGUAGGACAGUGACUGAUCCGUAGGUGUGAUACUGACGAGGUGUGUGGGACCAUUUAUCUAUGCAAGAAGAGUGAGUUUGAAUGUUAAAUGGGCGCCUCCCAGCAUUGUGUCUUCCUGAGCUGAGUGUUUGUACUUACGUGACACCUUGACAGGUAUAUAACACGAUGAUGUUAUACGUUUUAUUCCCUUUUAUAGUUAUCCAGAAGAGUUUAUGCACUAAACACCGUACUACGGUGAAUAUCAAAAAGCAGAUUUGGACAAAGUUCUCACCGCUCGGCUAUUUUAGCAUAAAUAUUGCAAUCGGUUUUAAUGUUCUACAAGUAGGUAGGGAAUGAACCCCAUGCUGUUGGACAGCACUCAGGGUGACAUAAUGCGGAAUUCAUUAUCAGACGUGUGCCUGGCGGGUGGACCUGCUGGUGAUGGAGUUAGCAACCCACCCGUAAUGGUGUAAAUCAUUCUGGCGUGCAUGCGAUUGACUGGCUGCUGGUUAGGGCAACCAAUCUGAUGUCAAACUGCGGCACUGGGUGACUUGACAAGUUUAGCAAUGAAACACCAACGUCUAUUAGAAUGACCUUGGUCUUGCCGAGCACUGCUAUAUUAGUGAUGGACGUAACAUGGUGGUUUACUGGGAGCAAAUACGACAGCAUGCACACAGCAAGAUUUGGAGUCUAAAAGCUAGCUGAGCAUCAUGGGAAAUGUAGUCCAUAAACAAUUUAUGGUGUCAAGGUUAGCCAUCACUGGAUUAUUAUAAUAAUCACUUUAGAAUAGGUCUAGUUUGUUGUUUCACCAAGAAGUUAGAAAAUGAAAAAAGGAAAAAAAAAAUACAGUCAAAAUCCCAAAGGGACAACACCCUCGUCUGCCCUCACCUCGGUGUGUGUUCUGAGUUUGGUAUUUGAGCUUGGAAAACCAGUUUCAGCCCUGGUACGUUAUGUCAUUUAUGUUUUAUGACGCGCAGAUACAUUCAACGGCCGCCUUCUUUUCAUUUUUUGUACCAAUGUGGCGAUACUUUGAUUUUAUUUUAAACAAAUGAAUGAACUUUUAAAGUUUGUGAGAGUCUAAAUGUAUGAAAUUACUGACACAGACGCCUGUUAGCGUUCUUUACAAUGCUUUGGAUUAAUAAACAUGAUGAUGUCACAUAAUUCUUCUUACAUGUUUAUUGCUUUUUUUUUCUUUUUUUUAGCAAAGCCUCAUAUUUAGCCCAGUCUAUUGUCCCACCAUGAAGUGACUAUAAGGUUUAUUUAUUAUUUAGGAUAGGUUUCUACACAUCUCAAGCAUUAUAUUAGCGCCAUCACUAUGGUGUGCGAUGGAUGCAGACUACACCGGGUGACAUCAGAGGGGUGACAUCAGAGGGGUGACAUCAGAGGGGUGACAUCAGAGGGGUGACAUCAGAGGGGUGACAUCAGAGGGGACCACAAAAUGACUGUCUAUAAUUUUUUUGUGCUGUGCUUCAGCAGAAAAGUAUUAAUUUUCAUAAAAAUAUCCCCAUAGUUAGUUAUAACAGCUAAACCAUUGUGUAAGCACAGCUUAGAUGGAUCAAUAUCCCUAAAUGGCUAAAACUCUGUGCUAAUUUACAAUUUGAACCUCCGGUCAGAGCUAUCAUCAUUACCCACUUACAAUGACCCUUCGAAUGACAUGGUUUUAUCUUCACACCCUGUUGUUUUCGUUGCUGUUAGUAUGUAUGGUCUGGUUCAGGACUUGGUCCAUGGGAGGGUUACUGCACUGAAUGACACCAACCCUAAUGACAUCACUGUUACCGCUUCCACUGGAUGGCUAUUCCAUGUAUCUACUACCCUUCCUAUAUCACUGUUAUUGCUCCCACUGGAAGGCUAUUCCAGGUAUCUACUACCCUUUCUGUAUCACUGUUAUUGCUCCCACUGGAAGGCUAUUCCAGGUAUCCACUACCCUUCCUAUAUCACUGUUAGCCAUUACUGCUUCCACUGGAAGGUAUUCCAUGUAUCUACUACCCUUUCUGUAUCACUGUUAUUGCUCCCACUGGAAGGCUAUUCCAUGUAUCUACUACCCUUUCUAUAUCACUGUUAGCCAUUACUGCUUCCAGUGGAUGGCUAUUCCAUGUAUCCACUACCCUUUCUAUAUCACCGUUAUUCUUUACUGAUUCCACUGGAAGGCUAUUCCAUGUAUCUACUACCCUUUCUAUAUCACUGUUAUCCUUUACUGAUUCCACUGGAAGGCUAUUCCAUGCAUCUACUACCCUUUCUAUAUUAUUAUUAAUAUAUGUGUGUGCGCCUGGAAGGCUGUGCCAGAUAUUUACUACCAUUUAGAUUAGCAGUAUUUUCUCACAUCUUCAAAUCCUGCCAUCUUUUUCCAGCUUAGAGCUCUGGGCUAAACCCCUGGCUAUCUCCAUCAAUCAAUGUCAGGUUGGAUGUAAGUGACAUUGAUAAUGCAGAGGUAUUAAUUCUGAAUUAUCAAUACGGUCGAGAUGUAGCCAGGGUAGCCAAAUGUAGUGGUUUUGGUGCCUAGUGGUCGCAGCACUGUACGCUAGUCAGACUGUGGUAUUGGAAUGAUAUUUAGCCAAUGUUUAAACAAUGAGUAUCAGAAGAUCACGGCAGUUACCCCAUUCCCUCCUAUCCCCAUCUUUACCCUGUAUCAGAGAUAGAGUAGAAUGCCAUAUGCUUAGAAUGAACUAUCCGCUACGUUUUGUGCUGAUACUCCGGUGUGUGGAGUUAUCUCAAUGUGGAAUGUUAAAAUGUUAUUCUAAUACCCCAGUUAUACCCCGUAUCCUAGCUAAAGAAUAACAGAGAGAGUAACGAGAUCCCUGUACACAGACACGUAGUAUGUGAAGGCAUGUGUUGAGGAGGAGAGCUAUAUGGAUAUAAUCAUAAUUAUGUGUCAUCUUACAAAUUUGUCUAAUUCGGUUUAACCCUUUAAUUCAUCUCCUGGCUUUCUGGAUGCACUGGGUCACUUCUUAACAAAGCAGGUUGUUCCGUGAUACACAUCACUAUGUUCAAUGUUUGACUGCAUAUUAAUUAGAGAAUAUCUAGAAGUCUCGCAGGAUUAGGGCCCUUGAGGGUCGUGUUUGACAGCCCUGGUUUAUCUGACUGUGCAUGCAGACAGAACUGUGUGAAACUAGGUUAUUUUACCGGGUCUUGUGUCAAUGCUGCAACCGUUACUGCCUUGUUGUAUAUUAAUGAUGUAGCCACUGCUACCUCAUGCACAUUAAUAUGCGAAAUGCAACGGCCACUGACACAAUGCUACGCAUUCUGAAAAUUUCUUCAGCUCGGCAAUAGGCACAGCUAGACUCCGGCCUGGAGUUUGCAAUUCAGAAAUCGCAUUUCUCAGCAAUUUGCUUUCAGUGAACAAAGUCUGGAAACAUUAAUACAGUUUAACAUUAUUCUUCCAUGAAAAGAAAUGCGUCAGGAAUGAAGACUCUCUAAAACUUUAAUGCAACUGUAAACUAAGCUUGAUCUGAAAAUACAUAGAAACAUAGAAUGUGACGGCAGAUAAGAACCAUUCGGCCCAUCUAGUCUGCCCAAUAGAAUACAACAAAAUCCCCGGCUUUUAUUUAUCAGUUUAUAUUUGCGAAAAACCAGAGAGAAGUGAGACCGGCCAACGUUCGGGGCCUGAAUUGCAACAUCCAGAUAUUGUUAUAGAGUGUGAACAAUGUCGGGAUUCUGCACCCGGAUCGAUCUGCCCAAUUUGGAGCAAGGCCAAUCUGGAUUUUAGUGAAUAACUCUGAUAGGCUUUAAAGAUUCAUAUCUAUUGUACUAUAUAGCACCAUUUAUUUUCUUCUAACAGGGAUAACUGUGAUCAUUCUGAAUUUUCCAGAUGUAUCUAGAUGUACAGCCAACCCAAAAAGUCAUCACAUCAUUCGUGCUAACUUUGAAAAUGAGAAAUGAUCCGUUUCCUGUCUCUAUGUAUCCAUGUCUGUUCAUUCAUUCACUCCCAAUAAUAAACACCUCUAUCCCAUGCCCUAGAAAAAAAAAAGCCUCUUUUGUCCGGAAUACAAUAGCUGAUGUGCCAAGUGACACAAACAUGUUUUCAUAUCGUCAGCGAGAUUAAACAAAGCUUAGGUAGAUCGGCGAUGGCUGUGCCCUUGUCUUUAGGCAAGGUUACAGAGCUUGAAUGAAAUGUUAGGAAAGCGGGGGAGUGAAGCAUGAUUCAUUUAUUUUCAUUUUAUUCUUCAAACAUUUUCCUAAAUUUGCUGAAAUCUUUUUUUUUUUUUUGGUUUAUUCUUGUUAUGCUUUAAUGUUUAUCGUUUUUAAAAAGAUCCCGUCUGGCAGUUUGAGGUCACCUCCCUGGAUAUUUGUGAUGUGUUUGGUUCGAACAGUUUGAAUGAACAAAGGUAGGAGGUUAGCUGAAUUUGGUUUUGUGUAAAUUUGAGCUUUUUCAUUAUACAUUAGCGAAGAGUUGGGCAUAAGUAGGCAUCUACCCCACUCUGAGUAGACGGGGCAGUUACUAUCCACUGUCAAACCUUUCUUGGGUUUUACAUAAUUUGCCAAACUUUCUCUUCUCUUUCUAUUCAUUGUUAAUAAUCGCCCUGUCUGUUACCAAAGGAAGAUGCAUUUAGCUUGUCAUUUUGUCCAAGUGGCACAAUGCACAAUGAGAUACUAUAAACAUCUAUAAACGUCUCACGACAAGAUACCUGCGUCCACCUUCUAUCACAGGUGAUAUAUCAUAGUGUGACACUGCCACUUUCAUUUUGUAUAUUUUAUUGUGCAUUUGUCUUUUUUUUGUGUGUGUGUGUUUUUAUUUUACUUUAUAUUCAUUUAUAUUAUUUCUGUAUUUUUAUUUUUUAUUAUAAGGUUUACUACUCUAAUAUUGUGGAAGAUAAAUGCGCGGUAAUAAAAAGAUGUAACACAUAGCAUUUAUUAUCACAUCUCCAGACACGUUUAUUAUUCUUUAAUUGUUAUUAAACCCUUUGGACACAGGGCAUUGGAGAUUGAUGCUUUCUUGCAAUUUUGAAUCUGCUCCACAAUUAUUAACAUAUUUGAAAUAAAAAUCAGGGGUUAAUCAUAAAGGAAAGAUAUCCCUAAAACCUCGAAGCAUGAAGAAGAUUGUUAGAUGCAUAUUGUUCUGAAUUACUCUGAGUUGAGUCAGAACACAUAAUGUUAGAUUAAAUGAUGUAACAAGCCAAUGGUUGCACCAAUAACGUGUGCUACCCUACUUCUCCGCCAUCUUGAAUGUGCUAAUAUUUAAAGGAAACUCACAGUUUUUGGGAUGUGGGAGCUAAUUAUUUCCUCUCCCCAGUAAAUUCUGUUGCAGUGGAGUUUGGCGAAUAACACACUCACCUCCAUAGUAUGUCUCCGGGUGCCAUCCUCACCCCCGUGAUUCUCCGUUUAUCCAAUUGCUCGGCAUUCCUUCCGAUAUGCAGUAUAUACACAUCUGAGCUGUGGCAUUCACUCGUAGGGUUAAAUUAAUUUGCAUGGUAUGCCGUGGCCGUGCCAGGACAGCCAGACACACGGAGUAAAUUAAAAAAAAUGAAAGCUAAUAGCUAAAAUUCACAUGGCUGCAGGGUUCGUGCAAAAAGAAACAUGUUCCAUUUCCAUUUCAAGCAUCUGAUUCUUCUUAUAGGUAUUUGGGUCGGAUUCGGAGUUGUUUCUGACAUUUGUCUCACCCUGCAUUACCAGGGGUGCCCAGAAGUUAAAUCCCUGCCUGUAUAAGUGUUAAAGCAUCAAGGCACCUAUAGAUCUAUAAUGCCUAGUGAUCUAGCUUUUGGCCACCCAUGCUGUAACUAUUGUCUAUGUGACCGACAUGUUGUAAGCCCCAGUCUUUCCAGUAGUCUAUUUUCUAUUUUUUGGGGGUCAAUAUGAGAUGGAUUCUAAAUUUAGCAUCUUUCCACUGAGAUCUGGGGCUUUUGAGAAUUAAAUUUCAUGUUGGCCUUUGCGGGAUGAGCUGUGUGCUCCCGAUUCCUCAGUGUUGUUUGGAAUUUGAUUAGGAGGAGCAGGGGAGGCCUCCGAUCUGUAUCUGUUGUUGGAUAAACUGAGGGUGUGAGUGAAACAGACAGUGCCGGUUCAGCGAGAAGCCGGGCGUGACGGCGAUACUGCUUCAAUGGAAACAGAUUGAGGUGUCACUCUACAUAAAGGAUUUAUUGAAUAGAACAGUGUGUAUUAAAGGCAGUUAUUGCGGCACACUGAUUGGGAAAUGAUCAGACCCUGGCAUGCACAGUACUGUCUCAUAGUAUUUCCCAGCAUGCUUCUGAUAUCCUGACCGUGAUUGGUUGCUGGUUCGUUAGUAAAUGAGUAAUUCUGCAUUUUGAACGUGCUCAUUGUUCUGUAAUUACACCCGAGUUAGGGAUCAAUCCUCUCUGAUCUCUCCAACCGCUGGGUGAUGUAUAAGCACAUAUUGUGAAAACCCAGCGCUACGGAAUUUGCUGGCGCUAUAUAAAUAAUAAAAUAAUAUUAAUAAUACUCUUCACUUCAUUAAACAUUUCAGAGAAGCAGAACAGAAUGCUAUGCAUGAUAACACCGCACAUAAAGUACUUAGAAAGGAAGUACUUCUAGUAACUGUCAGCUUGAUAGCUGUUAGACACGUGUUCUCUUUUUUAAAUUUUAACAUUUGUCAGAAAUAGCAUUGUUUUACAGAGGAAAGGGACAGAGUCUGCCCACCAUAACCACUUUAUUAAGAUGCAGUGGUUUUGGUGCUUACAAUAGCCCUUUAAUAAUUGUAAUUGGUCCCUCGUGAACACAUCAAGGUGUAUUAGAAUCAAUUGUUUUAUUAUAAAGGUAUCGACACGCCAUUGUAACUGCUAUGUUACUCAUAAAAGGUCGGCGACCUUGACUGUUUCUGGAUUUAAAAAACAAACAAAUAUUCUGCUAAUGCUGCGGCCCGCCCAGACGGAGGAGCUGCCUUGUUGGGCACACUGUAAUCACAUAUACAUUUAUUUCACAUUUGUAAAAUACAAAAAAAUAUAAAUAUACAAACCGCACGAUUUGCAGUCCUAUGAAGUAGAUGACAUUUUCUAUUAUCUAAAUAUAGAUUUAUGGCAUUUUUUGAAUUCAUUCAAUGAGUAGGUGUAAUAUUGUGACUCAUAGACUGUGUUAUGGUUUAGGGUUGGACAUAGGGCGUGAUGUGGAUAGGAUUUACUGAAACAGUUUUAGUCUUAAUGUCCCGCUUUCAGAGUCCUGUCCUGCUGUCUCGGUGUGGUUAGAGAACCUUGUUACACCCCCUUGGCAUUCAAUCAGACAACUGGUCCUGUUGCUUCCUGGUGUGGUUAGCUCAGUGGAGAUAAAUUCGAGAGGCAGCAAUUGCCCAGAGCACCUGCCUUGCAAAGACUUCUAAUUGAGACUGUCUGUGCAGAGUUAGUAGGGAAGAGCUUGCAAACGCUGCAGACAGGAAAUCUGCAGCUUAAAAAAAAGUAUAAUUAAAUGCAUGCAUGUUUCCAUUUUUGGGGUAUAUCGACUAAACAGUGAUUUAUAUUUAUCUCAUAUUUGGGCAGUGGAAUGUUCCUUUAAACAGUUGCCAAAUAGUGUAACCCCUGUCAGUAAAAAGAGACUAUUGUCUCUCUUUAACAACUUUAAGACAUUUAACAUGUUUUGGAGUGGGAGUGUUCUCUACGGAGGCAUAUCUACUAAUCAAUGAAGUUUCAUCUGUCACGUCUCUCAAUUGUCUUCACCAGUUUAUCUUCUACUGUAAAUAGAUUGUAUACAGCCUGUGUGCCGUAUAUUAAUCAACAUGUAUAUGUUACGAUUGUACACUAUGAUUUAUCUUUACCUGUCUGGUAUUUAUAGUUUGCAUCCUUUAAAGUGUGAGCUCUUUGACAGGGCUCUCAUAACCUCUCGCCCCUCUCUGUCAAAAAUUCCCUCUAGGAUUCAUUCAGACAAUGUACAGCGCAGCUGCGUAUGUUAGCUUUAUAACAACACUAUGUACAGUACUCCUCAGUAUUUUUUAAAAGCAAGCUCCCACAUUCUGACAACAGUGAGAUAUUGCUGGAUAUUCUAUUCAUUCAGCUGUGGAUGAUGACAGAUCCGAAGAAACACACCUGAGCCAGGUAUAAAUAGGGCAGUAAACUCCACGCAUGUUUGUCAAUAGAAUCCUCUCUUAACAAAAGUUACCUGGCGAGGUCUGAGAAAACAAACCUGAUCCCCUGGAUAUUCUGCAGACACCCAUAUACCCCCUGCCCUAAGGCACAUUAUCUGGUGUCAUUUGACAUUUUCCAGUGGGUGCGGUAACGCAUUCUACGCAUAUUUGUUCAAAAUGAUAUAUUAUAUAGAAGAGGUGCUACAUGUAAUGGUAGAAAAUGGGAUUGUAAUAUAAUAUUUUUAUUUCGGCUAUUAAAACGGGAAAUAAAAGCCAGCCGAAAUGACUGGUUGAUUUAGUGGAUUUCCUAAACAAACGCUGACUCUAGUACAGGGCUGUCCAAUAGGUAGGUCCCCAGAUGUUGCAGAACUACAACUCCUAUGGUGCUUUGUCAUACUAAACGCAUGCAGAGCAUCAUGGUAGUUGUAGUUGUACAACAUCUGGGGCAGCCCUGCCCUAGUACAUUAAUAUCCAUUUAUAUUGGUCUUGAUUGGCAUUACUGUUGAAGUCUUUUGCAAGAUUACAUCUCAUGAGGGAGUCAAAGAAAAAUUUGGCUUAGGUGUGGUGGAACUGUAGCUGCUGGUUGGUUUUGUAAAUUUUAAAAUGUCUAAAAGUGUGGUGGUUUUUGAAGUGGAUAAAAUGUAUAACCCAAUGAUACACAGUACCCGCUUAAAUUAAACUUAAAUCCCUGUCCUAUUAAUCUGUCCGUGUAUGGGUUGUGUAAAUUGUUCAAUACAAAAUUAAAAUUAAAAACCGUUGGCAGUUUCUUAUUGUCCUCAACUGGUAGAGAAAAUGAUUAAUCCAGUCAAUCGCUGGAACAAGCAGGGGCAUUCUACGCAAUGUCUUUCAGUGUGCCAGAGCUAGCAUGGCGCAUCGCUACAGUGCUUACAAAAUUGCCAAAGGCAACAAACAUCGAACAUCACACCAAAAUAUAUGUAUGGUAUUCAUGGGGGAAACAUGAACAGCAUAUCUCAACCCAGUAAGACUUGCUUUAUAGACAAAUUGAUGAAGAAAAAAACAACCUAUGGGGUGUGGCGUGGGGAGGUAUCCUAAAAUAGAAGAAGACGCUGCCCUUUAAUCUACAGUUUCCUGUUUUUUUACCAGACUGCGGCUCUGUUUGAUGCUAUAAUUUAUUGUUAGAAAACCUUGAGUAGAUUCGAUUUUUCAAGGGAGAUAGAAAACCAUGUACAGUGAGAUUUCCGUGAGCUUAACGAAUGCAUCUUUCUUUUAAACAAUAGUUAACAACUUGAUGAAUAUCUCACAAGUUAAAUAUCACCUAAGACAGCCGUAUUGAUUUUGCGUUAAUAAAUACAUUGCAAGACAAAGCUUCUCAGGAUUUCAUUAAUAUAUAAAAAUCUUUGUGGGUUUAUUUACUAAAUAUUGAGUUGUAGCAAAUUGAAAACAGCUUUCUGUAGUGGUUAUGGUGCAUGCAGUGUUCUGUCAAGUGCAAACAAUAUCAUGUUCCACAGCUAGUGUGCGUUAAAUAAAAAAGAAUGCAGGAUAAUAAUAAUCCUCCCUAAUACACAAGUAUGUCCCGUCUAGGCCCUUACGAUCUGCUGAAGACUUACGUCUAUCUUCUGUCCGUACUCCCACCUCUGAUGCUCGCCUUCAAGACUUCUCGAGGGCUGCACCGUUCCUAUGGAACUCGCUUCCCUCCUCCGUUAGAUGCUCACCCAGUCUCCACUCCUUCAAAAAAUCACACUUCUUCAUAAAAGCGUAUCAAUUAAACUGUUAAUAGCUCCCGACUGAUUCCUCUUCUGCAACUGUCACUAGUCUAAUACUAUCCUUACCUUUUUGUGUCAUUUUACCCCACUCCUUCUAGCAUGUACCCCCAUUGAGCAGGGCCCUCAACCCCUCUGUUCCUGUGUGUCCAACUUGUCUGGUUACAACUACAUGUCUGUUCGUCCACCCAUUGUAAAGCGCUGCGGAAUUUGACGGCGCUCUAUAAAUAUCAUAAUAAUAAUAAUAAUAAUUUAGAAUUCUAUGAAGGACGGCAUCUAAAUUAACGUUCAUGUCCACGUAGUGUUGCAAAGCUUUCUAUAUAUAUAUCUGGUAUUUAUUGCAUCGCCAUAAACGAGGCCAAGAAUUGCGUAUUUUAUUAUUGACUAAACAUUGUGCUGUGUUAAUUAAGGACUAUUCAAUGUUAUUUUUGGGAUCAGAUGCAGAUAUACUAAUAAAAUAAACCAUAAAUAUAUAAAACCACAAAUAAAUAAAAAGCAAAUUAAAUUAAAUUAACCGUAAAUAUAUUUAUGGUUUAUUUUAUUUUAUUUGCUUUUUAUUUAUAUCUGUGUUUAUACCAUUACAAACCGUUCAGCACUAUUUGCUUUUCCUGUGUAGUAUUUUUACAGCUACAUUUAUUUUAUUUAGCUUGACACCAUAAUUGGGUAGUUUAGUUAAAUAUAUCUAUUGCAGCAUCUUAUCAGGGCACAAUGGUUGGUGAAUUUGACCUAUGAAUUGAUAUUCGAUUUAAUUCCUGGAGUUUAGGAAUGUGGAUUGUGAUGUAAGAGAUUCUCUGAUGCUGAGGAGUUGUUUAAAGAGGUCUAGUGGCCUUUCACCCACGGUAUGACCUGAGAUAACCUCGCGAUGGACAUUUGGAAGGAGAAGUUUGGCUGGUCAGACUGGUUCUACCGAUCUCAAGGAACCUGUUACAGAAUGAGCAAAACACACACAUAUAUAUCGACUCGGAAACUGUCCGAUGAAAACUGGACUCUUGCAGGGUUAUUCGCUAAAAGGAGAAUUCAAAGAAUAUUCAAAGUGAAUUUCAAAUUGAAAUCCAAAUUAGCAAAACUGGCAAAAAUCUGUCCUUAAAUUUAAAUUCUCGAUUUGACGAAUAGCCCUGAUUAUGUGGGUUGCAAAAAUGUGGGUUGCUUUCAUUUCGACAACUCUGUCUUUAAAAUUGAAAUUCCCUUCAAAUUCUCACUCAGGUUAGUAAGUAACCCUUUCACUUGUCAAAAACAAAUUAUCUUACACAAUCAUGCUUCCCUUUAAAAUGAUAUGAAUAAAAAAUGACCAUUUAAGGGAGGGAUCUCAUUAUAUAACUUUAUCAUUCGACAGUCAUUUUGCCUGGCGAUUGGUAAUUUGAGUUUUUGGUGAUGUAAUGGUAGUUAAGCUUUUUGAAGAAAGAUGACUAGCAUGUAAAUGGAUACAGCACAUUACUGUAAGUGGUAUACAGAGGUAUUCAUUUAAACAUCACUACAAAUAGUCAGAAUUAGAGAGUUUUAAGAAAAAAACUGUACUUCAUUACAUAACUAUAUACACCUGUAACAGAUCCACCUAGUGUCCAGCCUUUGAAAUACACUCAUUAUAUGUGAUGAAUGAUGAUGUACCAAUGUGUAAUAAUACAAAGCUCUAUAAAUAAAUGUAUUGCUGGUUGCCACAACUUGUCUGACUCCUAAAUUGUGCAUAAGAUCACCUGGUCGUGAUUAAACACUAUAGUCACCCAGACCACUUCAGCUCAGUGAAGUGGUCUGGGUGCCAGGUCCCUCAGGUUUUAACCCUUCAGAUGCAAACAUAGCAGUUUCAGAGAAACUGCUAUGUUUACAUUUGGGGUUAAGCCAGCCUCUAGUGGCUGUUUUCCGGAGAGCCACUAGAGGCGCAUCUGCGACGCUGGAGGGGCAUUUCGCCUCCAUCGCGCAGAACGUCCAUAGGAAAGCAUAGGAACGUCCAUAGGGGAGCUGACCCUCAGGGCACUAUAGUGUCAGGAAAACCGCUUUGUUUUUCUGACACUAUAGUGAUCCUUUAAUAGGAUACUAUAUUGAGGGAGCAGCACUCUAGGGGUACAUUAUAUUUAAUAGACCCCCACCGAAGGAACUGUAUAUAGCAUUGACCCACAAAAUAACCAGACUGUCUUCAGUACCCUAGGAGUAACUUGUAAAGUAGCAACCAGAAAGUCUAACAUCGCUUCUUGAAUAAUGAAUAUGAUGAUUAUUAUUAAACAAAAUAAAAACAAUUCUGUAGAAUCUCCCUGAAAAGAUGUCCUUGGUUUCAUUGUUGAAUUUGAAAUUAGUAACCACGAGCUGUGGAUUAAACUGUUAAUGAAUUUUUGUGGAUAAGAACCUAUUUGCAUAUUAGGUGACAUAGUUGCUCUUUUUCAAUAUAUCUCAACAAUUCUUAGCUUACAUUUUGGAAUUCAGUUUAUAAUUUACUAUAAUUUGAAUUACCUUGACUGUGAAUUAGAAAUUUUAUGAAAACUAUACUGGAAUAGCUGACUCUCAGAGGGUCAGCCCAGCAAUAUUGUUUUAACACAGUCUGUUAAUGGGACAUUAUUUGUAAUAUUGGGUAUUGUUUUACGAAGAUAAUUUAAUAAACAGAUUGCUUUCAUUUUGAAACCUUAGUAUAAUUAUGUGAGGAUAAUAGUAAGAACCAUUAUACCAACAUACAGACAUUCAUUUUCGAUUUUGCAGGUGUUUUUUGGAAGUCCCAUUCCCCAAUAUAUCUAUUUUAUCCUGUGCGUUCCAUGCUUAAAUUAACGUCAUAUUUUUAAAGACAAAUUUGGCAGUGAAGUAGUUUAUGAAUAAUCUCACCAUUAUUUUUAAACUAUAGAGUGUGAAUGUACUUGAAAUGCAAGGGGUGUAACGGCUGAUGCACUUGAGAUAGGGCUUUGGGAUUUUUGUCUCUCUGUUGUGAGAACGUUCAUUAAAAGAUUUGCAAGUUUGGACCUGACACUGACAGUGGUUGUAGUAAAUACAUUUCUUCUUUGGAAAUGGAAGUUUUGAAUCCUUCUCACAACUACCUUGUAGUAUGUAAACUAUUAAUAGCUCAGGUUCCUGAUGAAAUUGUAAAAAGGGAUAUUACAUUAGGGUUAUUAGUUCUUAAUGGAAAAGGCCAGGACAUGAAGAGUUUAGAACUCACAGACAUAACUAAAUGUCUCCUGGACAAAUGCAAAGGACAGUGAAAGAACUAUAAUUCCAUAUUGUUAAUACUAUUUAAAGUUCAUCGGAGAACGGUAAAGAAUGAUGGGAAUUGUGGUCCAAUAUAUCUUUUUAAAGAUGGAGUCUUUAAAGGGACACUGUAGUCACCUAAACAACCUUAGCUUAAUGAAGCAGUUUUAGUGUAUAGCUCAUGCCUCUCAGGUUUCACUGCUGAAUUCACUGUCAUUUAGGAGAUAAAUCAAUUUGUUUCUGUGUAUGAAGCCCUUGCCACACCUCCCCUGGCUAUGAUUGACAGAGCCUGCAUGAAAAAAAAACCUGUUUUCACUUUUAAUCAUAUGUAAUUUACCUUAAACAAUUGUUUCUCUUUCUCUGUAAAGUGAACUUUAAUCGCAUACAGGAGGCUCUUGCAGGGUCUAGCAAGCUAUUAACAUAGCAGGGGAUAAGAAAAUCUUAAUUAAACAGAACUUGCAAUAAAGGAAGUAUAAACAUUAGAUGACUCUUUAUAGGAAGUGUUUAUGAAGGCUGUGCAAGUCACAUGCAUUGAGGUGUGACUAUGGUUCAUAAACAAAGGGAUUUAACUCCUAAAUGGCAUAGAAUUGAGAAGUGAGACUGCAGGGGAAUGUUCUAUACACCAAAACUGUUUCAUUAAGCUAAAGUUCUUUUGGUGACUAUAGUGUCCCUUUAAGUAAAAGAAGAAAGAAUUGGUUUAAUAAGCCUUUGUAAUUACUAGAAUAUUUUGUAGCUGAACAGUGAAUUAUAAAAAAAAAAAAAAUAACUGGGGUGUCAGCUUGUGGGACUCCAAAUAUUAAAUGUGUCCUCCCAUGUCCAAAUAUUAAAUGUGUCCUCCCAUGAUUUUGGUAUAUAUUGCUCAUUGAGGUCUAUUCACUAAAUACCCAGUUGUAGUUAAGUGAACACUGAAGUGUAAGCCCAUAUUCACUGUUCUGUCAAAUGAAAUGAUUGUCUUGAUCUCCUAUUGUACAGCGAAUAUUAUUUUUAUUAUUUUAGUAUUUAUAAAGCGCCAGCAAAUGCUGUAGCGCUGUACAAAUGAAUAUGUUGGCGCUGUAUAAAUAUUGUAAUCAUUACAUUUUGAAUAAAAUAGCUGAUGUGGACAUAUUCCCCAACCCAGCUAUAGUAACAGUGUGGGUAUUUUAGUUUACAUUUCUGUAUUUAAUUUUUAUUCUACUGUUUAGGGAAUAAACCCUUUUGGUUUAAUUUAUUUUUUGGCUCUUUUUGAAUGAAUGAGUGAAUGAAUGAAUGAGAUGUGGGAAUGUUAUCGUUGGUGAUUUUGAUAAAAGUGUGAACAGGAGCGGUGUGCGUGCUUACUUAAUGGUCAAUAUUAGUAUUCUCAAAAACAAAUAAAUCCUGACAAAUUAAAUCAACACCGGGCUUAAUUUAAUAAAAAUUAAAUUAUAGUGAAUUGGAAAGCGAAUCGCAAAACAAAGGCUAAAGUAGCCAAGCUGUUACCAUUGCUGAGUUUGGAGAAUUUACUGGCGAGAUAGCUCAGUGGUUAGUGCUCCAGUUACAUUAUCUUUAAGUAGGGUUUAAACUGUAGGUUUAAUGGUGGCAGGCAGGGUCAAAUAACAUGGGGUAAUAAUAACAUGCAUACCCUACGGCAAACAUGUAAACCAGCUAAAGUCAAAUUAACGCAUCCAGGAUAAAUUGUUAAUCAUUGGUGAAACUGCAUAUUUGGUGGAAGCUCUGGCAGAGACAGCCGACUCCGGUGAUGUUAUAUGGUGGGAAUAUAGCGAGUGAUGGGUGAAAUCCCUCUCAUUAAUGUUGGGUAUUGCUGUGUACCCUCCCCUGCAUCAUAAUCCAGGCCCCCUAAUCGUCCUGAUUUCCGCGGGACAGUCCUGAUUUUCCUGCAGUCUGGGUUUGUUCCCUGGUGUGACUCUGAAACACUGCUCCGUGCAUGGUGUGCCGUAGUGGGUUGGUCUAGAUGAUUGACGGGCAGCCUGGCAGGCUUUACUGGCAGUUCGGGGAAGAAAUGCCCUCUUUGAGUGGUGCCAAUGAUGCAAUCUGCGUCACUAUCCCGCCCCCUCUAACCUUGCCCACCAGCGUUCCAAUUCAUGGUACACCAAUGUUGGGGGGCAGGCAUGCACUGUAACUCAUUAUUCACUGCCAAGCUAUGCUGAGAAUAAUGAGAUUUACAGUCUGCAGCAUGUGCUGGGCAAAACUAACUUAACCAACCUAACUGUAAACAUUAACCCCUGAAAUGGCACAUGUUUAUUAACACGGCUCUGAUGUAAUGACAGCAAAAUUAAAUGAAGACACCAGGGUUUAUUCAAUAAACAAAAUUGGCAUGAUAUGCAAAAUCAAUUGUCCAAUAUGGCUAUUUUACCAAUACGGCUAUUUUACCAAUACGGCUAUUUUUGCCUAACUUUCACCAUCCAGUUCUUCACAUUAUUCAGUUUAAUCAAUAAAACCCAAAGUCCCUUUUAAUUAUUAAUUUAAAACGUCGCAAUUCUCAGAUUGACACAAAAAUAGGAUAUGAUGUUAAAGCAGCUCGGCAAUGGUUUUUUUUUUUUUUAUGAAGUUGGUGUUAAAACUAAAUUAGCUUUAAUUAUGAAAACAUUUUAUAAAAUCUGGCUACAGGGUUAUCACCGUCUGUUUACAAACACAACAUUUAAGUGAUAGAUAUACAGGGUCAUUCACUACAGUGAAAAUUCAUGGUAAAUUUCAGAUUUAAGGCAAAAGUAUCUAAACUGGAAUAAUUCUCUAAGUCAGCUGUGCUUUUAGGCUGACUACUCUGGCAUUAAAUUUAAAUUCUCGCUUUGGUGAAUAGCCCUGAUAAUGUGGGUUGCAAAAGCAGGAGAAUGCAAAACAAAGACUUUAAAAUUAAAAGGAUUGUCUCUUACUGGAGACCGUAUCUUCAGAAGGAUAUUGAUACCUUAGAGAGGGUUCAGAGAAGGGCCACUAAACUGGUUCAUGGAUUGCGGGUUAAAACUUACCAGGAAAGGUUAAAGGAUCUUAACAUGUAUAGCUUGGAGGAAAGACGAGACAGGGGGGAUAUGAUAGAAACAUUUAAAUACAUAAAGGGAAUCAACACAGUAAAGGAGGAGACUAUAUUUAAAAGAAGAAAAACUACCACAGCAAGAGGACAUAGUCUUAAAUUAGAGGGACAAAGGUUUAAAAAUAAUAUCAGGAAGUAUUACUUUACUGAGAGGGUAGUGGAUGCAUGGAAUAGCCUUCCAGCUGAAGUGGUAGAGGUUAACACAGUAAAGGAGUUUAAGCAUGCGUGGGAUAGGCAUAAGGCUAUCCUAACUAUAAGAUAAGACUAGGGACUAAUGAAAGUAUUUCGAAAAUUGGGCAGACUAGAUGGGCCGAAUGGUUCUUAUCUGCCGUCACAUUCUAUGUUUCUAUGUUUCUAUGUUUCCACGCCAUGUGAUCUAUCGAAAUAUAAAGUUCUGAGGAAAGGAGAAUGGCAGAAUAAAUUCAAUAAACGUCAUUUAUUCUUGCAUGGUGUUUCUGACACUGACGCCCGGCCCAACAGGAUUAUUCGGUGACGAGGAGAGGCUCUGAACUCUGCAAAUUAUUCCAGCCAGCUCAUUAACACGCAUGAUUGGAAGACACGUUCACCGGUAGCACAGACAACGUACUAGGAUUAUUUGAACAUUUGUGUUGCAUAUUUGCACGUUUAUAGCUUUUGUGCACCAAUGGUGCUGAAAAUGUUAAUGAGUUAUAAAGCAACUUUAAAAAUUUAAUUAGUACUAUUUAUUUUACUAGAGUACACUGUCCCUUUAAUAUUUCAUGGUGCAUAAGCAAUUUCUGUUUUAUUUUUUAAUUUCUUUUUGACAGCUGAUUAGUAGAUGUUUUUUCUGGAUGUUGGAAGGAUGUUAGGAAUGGAAGCUGUCAAAGUGAAGUUUUACCAGAACCCACACGGGUUGUGCACUAAAUGUGAAUUAUUAGAAAAUUGAAAGUGAAUUCUAAGUAAAUAUAAAAUGAACGACUGAUGAAGUUCGUUUAGCAGUAGAGAAGUGAAAUUUUCACAGUGUCAUAUUUGCAGUAGGCAAUUUUCUAAUUUCACAAUACUCAGUUAGAACAUUUAGGACAUUGAAAAGGGCCCAACAAGGUCAUAACCAGAUUAAAAUAACCCCAUGUGCAUAUUCCAGGACCUCCCACUAACCCCAGUAUAAAAAAAAUCAACAUAAAUUGGAACAUCAAUCAACAUACUUUGCAAUAUUUCAGAUGGACCAAGGGCGACUCUUUCAUUUUUGGGGUGUGAGGGGCGUGUUUCCCGUGGUGGGACUGUGUGAAUACAUUUUAGCUGACUGUAACAAUUUAUACAACUAAAAUUUAGAACAAGAACAAUGUAUCUUUUUUAAAUUGACUGAUUUCCUAACACAUUUAUUGUAAUUUAAAGACACAUUACUCCCAUUAUUACUGUGGAGCUCUGUUAUACACUCAGACACGUUACUGGGAGUAUUAUUGCUGUGGAGCUCUGUUAUACACUCAGACACAUUACUGGGAGUAUUAUUGCUGUGGAGCUCUGUUAUAAACUCAGACACAUUACUGGGAGUAUUAUUACUGUGGAGCUCUGUUAUACACUCAGACACAUUACUGGGUGUAUUAUUGCUGUGGAGCUCUGUUAUACACUCAGAAACAUUACUGGGAGUAUUAUUGUUGUGGAGCUCUGUUAUACCCUCAGACACAUUACUGGGAGUAUUAUUGCUGUGGAGCUCUGUUAUACACUCAGACACAUUACUGGCAGUAUUAUUGCUGUGGAGCUCUGUUAUACACAGACACAUUACUGGGAGUAUUAUUGCUGUGGAGCUCUGUUAUACACUCAGACACAUUACUGGAAGUAUUAUUGCUGUGGAGCUCUGUUAUACACUCAGACACAUUACUGGGAGUAUUAUUGCUGUGGAGCUCUGUUAUACACUCAGACACAUUACUGAGAGUAUUAUUGCUGUGGAGCUCUGAUAUACACUCAGACACAUCAACAAUAUCGAGCUCCUAGAAAAAAGGGACAGAGAGAAUGGACAAAAUAGGGACUGCCCAUCCUUAAUAGGGACACUUGGGAAGUAUGGAUUGUGGAGAGCUCACUUCUCCCACGCCUCUGUUGAGGUUCCAGUAUCCAGCCUCUGCAGUGCCCCCUACAGACUCUAUAUUGAUUUACCACUGACUCUCGCAUUUUAGGGCAGGAAAAGUUAAAAUCAACGUUUGCGUGCAAUCCUCCGUGGGAAUGGUGUCACGGUUCGUGGUAGAUGAAUAAAUGAUCACAGGCUGAAAGGAGGAGGUUUUGUGCACAAACAGUCCUAUUUACUGAGCAGCAGGGUUAAUGAGGCAUUUAUUAGGAGAGGAAUGAGACUGUGCCUCCUUGACUUGCAUUAUUCUAUAUAAAGACCCACAAAGGCAGCAAACUAUCAAAGGAAGCUUUGGUCUCGUUAAAGGAUUUGUCAUCCAAAUCAAAGUUCACAAAUCAUAAAAUAAAAUUGAAUUUUCAAGCCUUUUCAUUUGUUUCAAAUUAAUCGUUAUAAUAAAACACUGUACAUAUUAUACAUACAUGUUCCGUGUAAUUACAUAUUGCAGAUAAUAAAUAUCACCCGUUGCAGAGCGCUACGGAAUCUGAUGACGCUAUAUAAAUAAUAAAAUAAUAAUAAUAAAAUCAUUUAUUGGUGAAUAAUCCCCAACAAAGGGUUACUCUUGCUAAAGUGUGAAUUUCUGGAAAACAUUGCGCGGUUGGCAAAUUAUUCAUACUCGGCUCUUUUAGAGGAGAUAGUGAAAACGUUUCACUUAUAAUUGUUGAGAUUUCCCACUUCAUUAAUAAACGCUGUGCUGUGUUGGGUUUGUCGGGAGGGUGUGACGUUUUCAUAAAUUUCCAGUCCUAUUUAUACCGCUCAUUUGGCUUUUCAUCACCCCUUAAUAAUAAAGAACGUGUUUCCGAUCAUUGGGUUUGUGUAGGAACUCGAGGUUGAGAAACGUGAACUGAUACGCUGCUGACAAUCUAAAAUAUGGAAAUGAAAUAUUUUACAAAGAAUUCUCUGAAACAGGCUGCGACCUGCCAAGGAUUACACGAUGUCUCUGCAAGGGAGCUUGUGGUCUCUCCUUAUACAAUGGGCACUUCUUAGGUAAAUACAUUGAGGAUCUCCUUGUACCAGCAAAGUACCCAUCGCCUCCUCUGCUGCAACACUGGGGGUCACAUGACCCUCAGAAUACAAGUUACCCCCUUGUGUUUGCCAGUUAGCCUCAUUUUUUUUUUUUUUGCUUACUAGAUAAGAAUUAAAUGUCACUUAAAACCACCUAAAACUACAAGGAAUUGUAAUGAGCAGCUACACUGGGGAUGUACAGAACAAAUAUUAACAUCACAAGCCCCUUAGUAUUUUAUUUGCCCUUACACGUGGUAAUAUGAAGACGCCUGUAUUGGCUUUAUGAUAGACAGUAUACUUACCAUCUACCAGGACACUUACCAACGUGGCCCACCUCCACUGUGCUAAGACAAGGGAUAGGGCUGGCGUAUGAGUAUUUGCAUAAUAAUGGCUGGCUAUCGAAUUUUGUCACGCUAAGACAAGUAACUAAUAGAUACUUCAAACACCAUAACCACUACAGCUUAUUGUGAUAUUACAGUGGAAAAAGUCCUCAGCUUUUGUAAAAUAAUUUCCAAUCCGUUGCAAAAAACAAGGCUCUCCCGGCACAUCCUAAUAAGAUGCAAUAGUACAAUAAUCUGCAGUGAUAUAUGUUGUAGUGGCUAUGGUGCUUACAGUGUACUUUUCAAUGGAGUUAUUGUCUUUAUGUCAAACUGUUCUCCUAAGGUAAUUGCCAAAAGGGGAAAAUUAUGUACUGCCUAAUAGUGUCAGAUUAAUCAUACCUGCCAACCUUGUUGAUUGGGGUGGGCAGACCUGAGAGGGGGCAUUGCCAGAGAUGUGACUAACAUUUCUGGCGAUGACCAUAAUGGGCGAUCUCGCACAGAAAAGGAAGGGGCCUGUCUGCCCACUGAAGGACAGUGGGGGCCUGUCACCCAGGACCUUGUAGAGAGCACUGGACAGUCUAAUGAUGCAGUAGCGCUGUGCUUCCUUAAAGUGGUUUUCCUGACACUAUAGUGUCCUGAGGAUGCCACCGCCCUCAGGGACCUCCCUCCCAAGGGUGGACUUACCUUAAUCCAGUGCUGGUGACCUCUCCUCCCCCACCAACGUUUUUUUUCAAUGCUUUCCUAUGGACGCUCUGUGCGAUGGAGGCAAAAUGUGCCUCCAGCGUCACAGAUGCGCCUCUAGUGGCAGCCACUAAAGGCAGAAUCAACCCCAAAUGUAAACAUAGCAAUUUCUCUGAAACUGCUAUGUUUGCAUUUGAAGGGUUAAAACCUGAGGGACCUGGCAACCAGACCAGUUCAUCGAGCUGAAGUGGUUUGGGUGACUAUAGUGUCCCUUUAAGACAGCUUCUUAGUGUCCCCGGAUGAGGGACACAGGCAUCAAAUCGGGAUGAUGGGGCAGGAACUCGAAAGUGGGACAGUUGGGGGGCAUGGAUGUUUGUUCCUGAUUCUGGACCUUUCCAGCAUUUAUAAAGAUGCCUGUCUGUCUAUAUGACCAUCUAGCAUUAUCAGCUCCCUUUAACCAUGGCCGUGUAAUAUAGUGCAUUUAUGUUCCAACUGAAAUCGGAUACUCUCAUCAUUCUAGGCCUCGGAAUCGGCUUUACAAGUAGAAUAGCAGAGAGCUGGGAUAGCCCCAGGAUUCGUGGAAAUUCUUGUGCACAGUUUAACCCCUUAAGGAUCAAAAUUCUGGAAUGAAAGGGAAUCAUGACAUGUCACACAUGUCAUGUGUCCUUAAGGGGUUAAAGUCAAGGUGCUAGAUCUGAAAUCAGCUAAAAAGGGUGCAUUAAAAAUAUUCUCCCUAGAGGGACGGCUAAAACACUUUUUUCUUGGAUGAAAAAUAUGAUUUGUAUCACAGGUUAGUACAUGUUCAGGCAUCCGAGGCUCUGAAAUGGUUAACCUUAGUACAGAAUGUAUUUGGGGGGUAGUCUCAAUGUUUGGCUGAAUGUAUGGCCCCUGUUAUUGUGAUGUCCAGGUCUGAAGUGACAUUUUUAGAAAAACAAACUCUCUUUGUGAAUUAUAUUUUUACCUUUAACCCCUUAAGGACACAUGACAUGUGUGACAUGUCAUGAUUCCCUUUUAUUCCAGAAGUUCAUUAAGGGGUUAAGCUCCCCCCACUCCCCCUAACAUUUAAUGACCUCCUUGUUUCCUUCUGUGGUAAUCAGGAUACAAAUGGGUUAUUCAAUAAGCAACGAACUGCUAAUUAGAAAUGUAACUAUAAACUUUGCCCUGAAAUAGCAGACUUGGUCAAAAUAAUUGUGAUGAAGAAUGUUUUCACUUCAGAUAUUUUCUCCUCGAUUUUAUAAUUUGAUUGUAGAUCCGAGUUCUGCUCAGCUCUCUGGCCCCUUGUUGUCCUGGCACACAGAUGUGCUAGGGUUAUAUACCCCCUAUGGGGCAGUUGGGCACAUCACCAGCGAAGCAGAUGGUAUCUCAGGAAUGUCCUACCCUGUCACAUCUUGUCCUGGCUGGCUUCCAAAGCAAAAUGACAAUUAUUGAUAUAUGGCCAACAUAUUCCACAGCGCUGUACAAUUGGAAACAACAAACAUUUAAUUCUAACACUUCAUUUACGACAUAUGAGAACAGUUGGUGAAGAUUGCUGAGUUGUGUCAUUUUAUUGGCAUCUUUAAAGGAACAUUAUAGCAUUAAAUAUACAACGCUAUAGUGGCUACAGUGUCCCUUUAAAUAAAAUCAUGGUGUAGUAAGCUCAGGGUACACUGACAAGGUGACCUGGAGAGAUAACCCCCUAAUGAAUGCACUGUACGGGUUAAUAUUCAUUGUUAUGCAGACUGAUAGUGUACGUAUUACAUAAACAGCGACCCCCCCUCUCUCUCUUAGAGGGAACAUCUGUCACUAAUAGACCUGGGAUUAGGAAGUGUGUUGGUCCUGGGGAGCGGAUAGGGGAGAAUGACUCAUUUUAGCUCAGUUUAGUGCUGUGUACAUGUCAUCUCCAGGAUGUUUUAUUUAAAUAAUCAGUAAAAACAGUCCAGCACUGAAAUAGUUAACUAACACACCUCUUAUACACACAGAGUGAUUGUUACAUUGGAGAGUUAACCCCUUCCCUGCCUGAUUGCAGCAAUGUGCUCACUGGCUGGAGAGCGAUUUAUCACACAGCCCCGCAAUGGAUUAUCUUGACACUGCAAAAGUUUGCAUACUACAUUCCCCAUGAUGCCCUUUGCCAUGAUGUAUUGUGGGAACGGUAGUUUCCAAAAGAUGCGGUGUGCCCAGGCUGCCAGUCACUGGCAUAGUCUGUGAGAUCUCAUCAUUCAGUCGUUAAUCUAGUGUUUUCAUCAAUAAUCCUGCUGUACAACGCUCUGGAAACUGUUGGUGGUUUUAAAAGGAAUCAAACAGUGUUUAUGUGCUGGCUAGAUGAGUAAUGUAAGCAGGUAUUGUAUGUACUAAGGGAUGGCUGGGUGGCAUGGGCACAGAGCAGACAAAUAGUGUGGGUGAUCCGGAACGUGUCGUAUAAAGAAUGCUGCUCUUUAUCCACUCUGGAUUAAUACCCGCUGUUUAGAAAGUAAUACAAAAGGCAGCGGUGAGUCACCAGCUAAUGAGCUGGCAGUGUGCCAGUCCGUGCUCCAUGCUUUGGCACUGAGCUCGGUCCUGGAGAUAAUCCAGCCCAGGGGUGGGAACCAGUGAGGUGGGAGAAGCUGUGAGUCCCUCUGAUAGACAGCAGAGAGAUGAACAUGCUAUGCCUGGCUGACAUUCCGUCUCUCUCCUUUUCCAGGGUCUCCAACAAGGAACUGUCAGAUCUCAUCGAGAGGCUGCAGAAAAAUGCCGACCAGGUGGAGCGCAAUGUGGUGGAGACAGACUCCAAGCUGCAGAAGGUAAGACCUGUCCUGUGAGGGGCAAUGGUUGUCUGGGGUAUAGGUAUUAUCUGCAAAUAUAGGAAAUCAUGGCUUUUACUCCAAUCUAGGAAUUUCGGGGUAUUUACUGCAAUAUCAAGGCUUUAACUCCAAUCUCAGGGUACCGGGGCUUUAACUCUAAUCUCAGGUUACUGGGGCUUUUACUCCAGCCUCAGGGUACCGGAACUUUAACUCCAGUCUCAGGGUACUGGGGCUUUAACUCCAAUCUCAGGGUACCGGGGCUUUAACUCCAGUCUCAGGGUACGGGGGCUUUAACUCAAGUCUCAGGGUACCGGGACUUUACCUCCAGUCUCAGGGUACCAGGGCUUUAACUCCAGUCUCAGGGUACCGGGGCUUUUACUCCAGUCUCAGGGUAUCGGGGCUUUACCUCCAGUCUCAGGGUACGGGAGCUUUAACUUCAGUCUCAGGGUACCGGGGCUUUAACUCCAAUCUCAGGGUACCGGGGCUUUAACUCCAGUCUCAGGGUACCGGGGCUUUUACUCCAGCCUCAGGGUACCGGAACUUUAACUCCAGUCUCAGGGUACCGGGGCUUUUACUCCAGCCUCAGGGUACCGGAACUUUAACUCCAGUCUCAGUGUACCGGGGCUUUAACUCCAGUCUCAGGGUACUGGGGCUUUUACUCCAGCCUCAGGGUACCGGAACUUUAACUCCAGUCUCAGGGUACUGGGGCUUUAACUCCAAUCUCAGGGUACCGGGGCUUUAACUCCAAUCUCAGGGUACCGGGGCUUUAACUCCAGUCUCAGGAUACGGGGGCUUUAACUCCAGUCUCAGGGUACCGGGGCUUUACCUCCAGUCUCAAGGUACCGGGGCUUUUACUCCAGUCUCAGGGUACGGGGGCUUUUACUCCAGUCUCAGGGUACCGGGGCUUUUACUCCAAUCUCAGGGUACCAGGGCUUUUACUCCAAUCUCAGGGUACCAGGUCUUUAACUCCAGUCUCAGGGUACCAGGGCUUUAACUCCAGUCUCUGUGUAUAUGGGCUUUUACUCCAGCCUCAGGGUACCGGAACUUUAACUCCAGUCUCAGGGUACCGGGGCUUUAACUCCAGUCUCAGGGUACCGGGGCUUUAACUCCAGUCUCAGGGUACGGGGCCUUUAACUCCAGUCUCAGGGUACCGGGGCUUUUACUCCAAUGUCAUGGUACCGGGGCUUUAACUCCAGUCUUAGGGUACCAGGGAUUUUACUCCAGUCUCAGGGUACGGGGGCUUUAACUCCAGUCUCAGGGUACCGGGGCUUUAACUCCAGUCUCAGUGUACCAAUUUUUUUUACUUCGAUAAAAUUAAAAUUAAAAUCUAGAUACCAUCCCGGGUGCCGAAUGAUGGUGUUCUGUCAAUCUGUUUUACGAGCUGUUUCACUCUGAGAGUGUCCAUUUCAUGAAAUGCCGACACAUUUUUUAACUUUAUUUUCUCUUAUUGCCAAUGUUCCCAGAGGAAUACUGUGCGGAGUGUAGCCGGCGCCAUUCUUAAUAUAAGCCAUUGGAUUCUUCCAUAGGUUCUGAUUGGGCACGUGGUGAAUCCCUAAACACUGUCCCUAUAGCAGGUGUCAGUGCAGGUUGUGCACACUAGAUUCUACAGAUUUUGCCUGAAGAAUUAUUACACUCAGUCAUUUUACUCGUCCGACUAGUUCAUCAGACUUGUGUAGGAGGAUUGGUUGAGCUUGGAGGACAUUUCGUACAUUUUUUAUUUAUUUUUUUCAUUUCACUACUGGGUUUUCUUUCUGACUUUAUUGAACCCGAUACAGUUUGUAUGAGUUCUUGUGGAACGUGACACCUGAAAAGUGCAUGUUAUCCUCACAUUUUAAUAGGUGGUAAUGUAGCUAUUUGGGCUUACCUGACCUGGAUCUCGAAUGUCUUAUCGUCUCACUAUGGUCUUGUCCAGGAAUUGGCCCAAGAUCUGGAGAGGGUUACACUUUGUGUAUAUUCGGAUUAUUGGAAUUGAUGAUCCACUUUCUGUAUGGCUCUCCAGAUCCUAUUACUUAACCUCAUUCAUAUUUAGAAAUGCUGAAUUGUAAUCAACUGAGAAACAAAUUGCAAAAUUUAGGCAAAAGAUGCAGAUUUGGUAAAAAUCGCCAUCUCGGGUAUAGCCACCCUUUAACUAUUUUUUAGUUAUUUUAUCCUGGGUUUGCAAUCUGCUUUUAAAUUUACUCCAAUUCAGUGUUUAUUGAAUAAGUAUCCUUGUUUCCAUUGGACUGGCUGUUAUGUUGCCAUUUAUGUAUUUUUAUUUCACAAUGAAAGUCUUUUGUUUUACUUAAGAAUUCUCAUUAUGUUUCCAUGUGAGAUAGCUCAGUGGUUAGUACCCUAACUGCUCGAUUUCUAGAAUAAGUAUUUCCAAGUCAAUAAAUUGAGGACCAUUGAGUUGGAAUAGAAUAACACCCAGGGCAUACGCAGUCUUCUCAUUGUCUUUUUACUGUGUGUGCAUUGCUUUUAUCCCAUGUGUUUCCAAUGACAUUUACUUGAACUCUGUAAUCUACAUUUGUCUAACUUUCUCAGAUUAAUAAAGUACUCUUCCUUUAACUACUAGGGAUCUCAUUACGGUGAGUACUGGUUCUAAUUAAAGAACGUAGAGUUCCCAAAUAGAGAUCAUAUUUAUGGAAAUUUUUAUUCUAAUUUUUACCAUCUAAAAAUGUAUUUUGUUUAUUUAAUAGCUUGUUUUGCCAAAUAAAUAAACAAAAUGUCUUAUUUUUUUUUUUUUUCUAAAUCCACACCCACAAAGUGUUUUCAGAUUAAAGUAGUGAGUCACACUGGGUUUUGGCAAAGUAAAUUUCAAAAUUAAAGCCAAAGAAAUCUAAUUGGAGAAAUUCUCCAAGUCAGUUCUGUUUUCAGAUCGGCUAUUUUGUCUUUAUACUUGAAAUUCUAUUUAAAUUCUCAGCAAUUUUCACACUAGGUAAUAGCCCUGUCUGGGUUUAAUUGUGACAGUGGCUUUGUCUUUUUUUUUACCAGAUGGGUUUUCAUGGACACUUCUACGUGCUGAUGGGUGUUGCAUGAAAAGUGUUGCCUGCAAUUUGUGGCAUUUAUUUAUACAUUAAAAGGCAGCCUUACCCAGAAUCCUUCUUUCCAUGGUGCCUUAAAAAAACACUCACCUCAGCAGCACUUGCAUAUCCUUCUACGAUGUAUGGCAUCAUAGAGAAAAGUGUUUUAUAUAUAUAUUUUUUUGAAUAAUAUUGAAUCCAUUAAAUUUAUUUUUUGUACGAAUUAGGCGGAGUCGAAUUAAUUAAAAUUCCAGCUUAAGCCAACAACUAAAUAUUUCCCUACUAAAAUACUUUAAAAAAUAUAUAUUUUUGUUUCUCUUUUGGAAAUGUAUUGUUUCCACGUUUUUCGAUUAUAUUGUUAUUAUUGUAAAUAUUUCCCGCAUCCCCUAUGUUCAUGGCUCACUUAAUCCAAAAAGCAGUUUGUAUUUGGAUGCACAUGAAUGAAUUCUAAAACAAAACAUUCUAAACAGUAACUGUCUUAUGCUCAUCGUUAUACCGCGUUACCUACUCCAAGUAAUUGGAUGUCUGGACAGACAGGCUAGACAUAUGAAUCCCAGGAUGCACUUGGAAACUAAUGACAAGCUAACUGUAUCGUUCCUGGUUAAAUACUUUAAUAUUAUCUAUGAACAUGUAGAAACCUGAAUAUGUACCUUUUUCUUUCUAUUUCUUCGUAGGACGUGGAUAAGUUAGUUGCCUCUCAGCCAGUGAUGUAUAGGGACGCAACUUCAUCAAACAUUUCGGACUCUGAAAAACUGUUAGUGGUCCUUGAAACGGACGCAGUUCUGGCGCGGCAGCUGAAUCACCCGCAAGCAGAGAUGAUAACGGAGGAGUAAGAAUCGCUUGUUUUUUUUUUAUCAACAAUAUGUAUUACAGUUAUUUUGAUUUUCUAUAUUUUUGUAUUUUUAAAAUGCAGAGGAAACUCACUCAAUAUAAUACACUAACAGGGUUAUUUACUAAGGUGAGAAUUGAACGUAAAUUCAAAGUGAAUUUCAAAUUUAAGGACAGAUUAGCCGAACUGAAAGCAUGGCUGAUUUAAAGGAACUUUUCUAGCUAAGCUAUUAUGUCCUUAAAGUUGAAAAUCAUUUUGAAUUAUCACUGUAGCGAAUAAACCGGUAAAUGGUGAAUUGUGAGGAAACAAAAGUUGAACUAAAAAAAAUGUUGGCUGAAAAUGCUGAGAAAAUAGUCAGACUGGAUUUUUUUUUUUCCAAACGAGAAUCUCUGGCAUAAAUCUGGUAAAUUCUUCAUCAAUUCAUAACAAUUCUGACCACUCUAAUGCUCUUGGAGUCCCGUUAUCAAAGAAGAUACAAAGAACUGGUUAAUACAUUUUGGCACAGGAGGGAUUGUUCUCACCGUCGCUGCAUUAUGAAUUUUAUAACAUUAUUAUUUAUUGUGACUAAGAGGAAUGGUGAAGAACACUAUAAAGAAAGGGAAUAGCAAAGACCACAAUAAAUCCUGCUUGUAAAAAUAGCCGGUAUGGUGACACUCGAUCUGUAGCAGGUGGUGAAGCCGGACUGGCAGAGAGCAGUCAGAGUUCUUUCUAUUUUCCGUUAAGCACUGUCAGUGCUGAUUAUUGUACCUUCCCGAAACAACCACAAAAGCACUAUGUGGGACUAUGUGGGACUAUGUGGGACUAUGUGGUUGGUAUAUAAGGAGCAUUCUGGAGAGAAGCAAGAGCUAAGAACAUUCCAUUGGUUUCCAUGGCGAUUUCUCAAUGUUUAGAAUUUUAGCCCAGAAUUUCUAUUUGUAAAUAAUAACGAAUUAACAAUCGUAACCAGUUCACCAGGGACUGCUCCAAGGGGGCACAGGGGAAGCUCUUUGGGUCCAUGUGCUAGUGGGAGAUCAGGCCCCGUGGCCACCGGUGCAGUGAUGGAUAGUAUUUUCUGUAUCUCUGGCGGGUGCAAGUCACUGGCUGUGCUCCCUUUUGAUUGUUGAAUCUCUAUGAUCAAUGGUGGCACCCAGGGCCGUAGGGAACACUAACAACAUCUACACCCACAGAAGAUGCGGCCCACAGGCUCUCACACUUUUUUUUUUUUUUUUCAAUUUGACAAUUUCUAUUUUGUCAUAAAAGAAGCAGAGAUGGGGUACAGAAGAGAAGGGGGGGGGGUUAAAAAGUACUUUAACAUAGUACAAACAUACAUACAUCGUCAUUAUACAAUAGGUUAAAUAAGUUAGAUAAUCACUUCCCUGUUAAAAAUUUUGUUGGACCUGAAACCAUUGGAGAUGCCAACAGCUUAGCUGCUUAAGUCCAAGUAGAGAGAGGGCGUGCCCCGUGUUUACCUGUGGGUGAUGGAUUGCUGGUGACUAGGGGCCGUCUCCCUGUCCCUCUCCUGAAUUCACUUUGUGUCUGUAGUAUAACAGCUGUACAGUGGGGUGGCUUUCUGGCUUGAUUAACUACCCUGGGUAAAUUACCACCUCUAGUGGGGGGUCUAGGAGCAGCACCAGGUUGUUUCACGUGUCUUGGCAGUGUUUACUUCUGUGAGCCUUAGUGGGUGCUCUCACACUUUUUUUUAACAUUAUUAUUUUUUUUAAAAGGGUGACCCCCACAAAACACAAACAGCCUCCCACACAAACACAGGCACUUGCCACUCACAUUACACAUAUGCAGUUAUGUCCCAUCAUAUUCAUACACUUACACACACAACUCCCAUCACACACCAUUUUAUAUUUUUUGUGAUUCAAUUACAGGGCCAAGCCCACUCCCACACCUCAGACACACCACUCGCAGGGAUAACUUCUCUUGGUCCCCUUACUGAUAUUAACUAGCUUUGGCAGAUACCAAGAGCAUAGAAUGUGGCUGUAGUGAUCCAGAGUGUGAAUUCUAAAUCUUUUUCUUUUCAGCAUCCGGCAGCUGAAGGGACGUCUUGCAAGUCAAAGACAGAAGCACGAGCAAAUUUAUACCCAUUCGGUGCCAUCAGGACAGGCUCCCAAAGUUAACUGGAGUAAACUGAUUGAUGACAACAUGGUAGGAGGACCUCUUAGAGAACCCAUGUUAUUUAUACUACCUAUCACAAACAAGUCACAAGUAAUGUUCAUUCUAGUAUGAGUGAUACUUGGGGAAAUUUGAGAACUCUUAUCUAAGUUGAAAUAUUUAAAGUUACGCCAGGAUGUGAGAACUUUUAAAAAUAACUCUGUAACCACUUUGUUCGGUACCCAUUUCUAAUAUCAGGUAGGACCUACGAUGGCCUCUACAAGAGUCCAUAUUGGUUUUGUGUGUCCUGACCUCAAAGGAUUAAGUCAAAUAAUACAGCUGUUUUGAUGAGAGUUGUGGAGAUCAAAUUCCAGCUGUAGAAUCAGUUCUCUGUUUUUAGUGGACAGGAAUUGAACCCAGCAUGGUCUUCUACUGCUAUAGCCUGUCAGCUUCAUUUUUGGCUAUUUUGAGAUGUUAGAAACACCACAUCUUGCACCAAUAUUCACAGUAAAGUCAUUUUAGUAUAGAUCCUCUUUAAUGAUUGGUCGACAAACACCUAAAUUCUUUAGCCCAUGUCUGUAUGCUUAAAGUGACAUAUAGUCACCAAAGCAACUUUAGUUUAAUAAAGCAAUGUUGGUAUAUGGAUCAUGGUCCUGCAUGAUUAAUUCUCUGCCAUUUAGGAGUUCCACUGCUUAGUUUAUACAGCCCUAGCAACACCUCCCUGCAUGUGACUUACACAGCCUUCCUAAACACUUCCUGUAAAGAGUCAUCUAAUGUUUAUGCUUCCUUUAUUGCAAAUUCAUUCUUAUCUCCUGCUCUGUUAAUAGCUUGCUAGACCUUGCAGGAGGCUCCUGUAUGUGAUUAAAGUUCAGUUUACGGAGCAGGAAAUAAAAACUUUUAAAGCAAGUUAACAGCUGAUUGAAAAUGAAACUGUUAUGUUUUUAUUCAGGCUGUGUCAGUCAAAGCCAGGGGAGGAGUGGCUAGUGAUGUGUGAACAGAAACCAAAGUUAUUUAAGUAUUAAAUGGCAGAGAAUUGAGCAGUGAAACUUCGAAGGCAUGAUCCAUAAACUGCUUCAUUAAGCCAAAGUUGUUUUAAUAGUUGAGUUGCAGACACAUGACUCUCUGACUGCAUUUAUAUUAACAAACAGGUGUAACCAGCACAGUAGCCACUGAGUGUAGACAUGUCAAUAUUGGAGAAUGCUCUGCAUCAGUCUGUGAUUACCUUUAUGACUGUGUAGAUCGUGAUAUCUCUGGUGUGAUUUAAUAAGUGGUCUGCUUGUAUAAAUGCAAUGUGCCUUAAUUAUCGUUGCAGGAUUUGGUCAGUGGUCAGGGAUUUGCUACGGAUUUGCCAAAUUUGGAAAAGCAGAUUGAGGAGCACAAUAUAUUCCACAAUCAGGUCAAAGCCAUCGGAGACCAAGUGAACAAAGACCCCGACAAGGUCAGGAGACCCCAAAAGACAGUGUCAUUCAUAGAUAUUAAUCUCACUGAGUCUAUGUGUUUUUAUUUCUCAAUGAUGGGAUUAUUUUGCUUGUUUUUCAGGAGUAUGUGAGCACCCUGCAGGUUAAAUAUCAGAAGCUUUUGGUAAGUAGGUCCAGAUACUUCCCGAAUACUACAGAAAGCAUUACAUUAUUAGAGUAACAGAAAGCCCCAAACACUCACUCUAUCAGAGUAACAUGCAGCUCCGUAUACUCACAUUAUCAAAGUAACAGAUAGCCCCAAACACUCACAUUAUCACGGAAAGAGACAGCCCAAAUACUCACAUUAUCAAAGUAACAGAAAGCCCCAAACACAUGCAAUAUCAGAGAAACAGACAGCCAUAAAAUACUUACAUUAUCAGAGAAACAGACCGCUCCAUAUACUCGCAUUAUCAGAGUAAAAUACAGCCUAAAACACUCUCAUUAUCAGACAACCCCAACCACUCACAUUAUCAGAGAAACAGACAGCUCCAAAUACUCACGUUAUUAGAGUAACAGACAGCUCUAAAUACUCACAUUAUCGAAGUAAAAUACAGCCUAAAACACUCACAUUAUUAGAGUAACAGACAGCCCCAAAUACUCAAACUAUCAGAGUAACAGACAGGACAAACACGCAUGCUAUCUGAGUAACAAAGAUCCCCAAUUACUCACAUUAUCAGAGUAACAAAGAUCCCCAAAUACUCACAUUAUCAGAGUUACAGAGAACCUCAAAUACUCCCAUUAUCAGAGUAACAGACAGCUCCAAAUACUCCCAUUAUCAGAGUAACAGCUCCAAAUACUCCCAUUAUCAGAGUAACAGACAGCUCCAAAUACUCCCAUUAUCAGAGUAACAGACAGCUCCAAAUAAUCCCAUUAUCAGAGUAACAGACAGCUCCAAAUACUCCCAUUAUCAGAGUAACAGACAGCUCCAAAUACUCCCAUUAUCAGAGUAACAGCUCCAAAUACUCCCAUUAUCAGAGUAACAGACAGCUCCAAAUACUCCCAUUAUCAGAGUAACAGACAGCUCCAAAUACUCCCAUUACCAGAGUAACAGCUCCAAAUACUCCCAUUAUCAGAGUAACAGACAGCUCCAAAUACUCCCAUUAUCAGAGUAACAGACAGCUCCAAAUAAUCCCAUUAUCAGAGUAACAGACAGCCCCAAAUACCCAUGUAGCAGAGCAAUAGACAGCCAUACAUACUCAUGUUAAUGAGUUACAGAUUUGCCCAACACAACUCUGCACAAUAUGUUGGCGCUAUAUAAACAAUUGUUAUUAUCAUCUGGCAGUGUCCUACGAUACCUGAUGCAGCUCUAUAUACCCAUUGUCUCCACCUUUCCCCUACAAUUACCAGGCUGCAUCCCAGAAGCGUCAGAGGGACCUGAACACCCUGCAGGAUUACAUGCAGCGCUGCACCAACGAGCUAUACUGGCUGGACCAGCAGGAGAAAGAAAGAAUGGAAUAUGACUGGAGCGAUCGCAAUACGGACUACAUCAGCCGCAGGCGACAGUAUGAGGUGCGGCAUCAAAGUAAAAAAAAUCCAUUACGAAAUGUAGGCAAAAAUAGUUGAUUUGGAAAACUUCUGAGCAGUCGAUACAACUCGACUAUUUUAGCCUGGAUUUUGCAAUGCGUUUCCACUAUAAUUCAUAGUUUAGUGAACAAACCCUGUAUUAACAAGUACUUCGGCCACAUGUAUUGCAUCAUUUAUCACUUGCAACAAAACAGCAAAAUAAAAGCUUGUUCAUUAUAUCAGAGGGAUUUACACACAAAUCCAUAAACCAAUGUUAGUAAAUUGGUAAUAAAAACAGACUAUGUUUUCACAGGAUAUUUAGCAGUAAUAUGCAAUGGGAUUUGUUUAAUGCCGCUCAUGCCGGAAUCAGAUCAUUUGCAUUGAUUUGAAUUAAGAUCUGGGAAUGCAAACACCCAGCACAUCACACCACAUGUAUUAUAACAUCUGAAAACACAUUACAAAAACCAAAUCACAAUCCAGACACAGUCUACAGCUCUAAGUGACAGGGACAUUAAAGGGACACUCUAUGCACCAAAAUAUGUUUUUGUGUAGAGAUCGUGUCCGUGCAGUUUCACUGUUCAGUUUUCUGCUGUCUCUGCGUUAAAUCACGUUGUUUAUGCAGUCCUAGUCUCAUCUUUACUGGCUGAGACUCACACAGCCUCCCUACACAUUUCUCUCUUUCCUUUAUUGCACAAUGUGUUUUAUUUAGAAUUUACUUUCACCAGGUCUGCUAAUUGCCAGCUUAACCUGCAACAUUCUCUUUUGUGUAAUUUAGGUUCAAACACAUAAAAAAAAAAAACAACAAACUUCUUAAUAAAACACAGUGUGCUGCAAGAUCUGAUUAGGAUCUUUGAUUUUUAGUCAAAAAUAUCUGGAAAAUUUGACUGAGCAUAUAUACGACACGGGAAUUGGCAUUUCUUUUUUUGCUAGUGUUUCCUGUAGGAUGUGAAAACGACAUUAUUAUUAUUAUUUUAAUAAAAGAGUUGUCUCUUGCAUUAGUGACUGCAAGUAGUGAAAAUGGCCAAUCCUUUCCUGUAACUUGAUUGUUCAGGGGGUUAUCCCUUCCAUACAACUCAAUACGCUUCAUACAUUGUGUAAAAUUAUUUUUAUUUUCCACAGAAUUUCAUUCAACGAAGCUUGGAAGCCAAGGAACAAGAGAUCAACAAACUACAGGAGGAGGGAGAUAAGCUCUUGGCAUCUGGACACCCAGGGAAAAUCCCUGUAGAGGUAAUUCAACAUGGCACAGAUAUGCCACUGCUUGAGUCAAUCAUCUUGGUGGUCGGAGGAGAGCUGGAUUCAGGGAUUCUGGGAGCAUAUGAUAUGGAGAUAGAUCCUGUAGAAUAAUGCAUGAACAGCUUACGUAAUGUGCUUAUUAUUCUCUGUGUCAGGCUCACAUGGAUGCCGUCCACGCUGAUUGGAAGGAAUAUCUCAACCUCUUAAUCUGUGAGGAGAGCCAUCUAAAGUACAUGGAGGACUACCACCAGGUGAGGAGACUGCGCAUGGACAACUACGCAGCCAUGCAAUAACAGAGUAUUGCAACCAUUGCUUUAGUUAGCAGAGCAUCGCAACUAGGCUUGCAAGAACAGAGCAUCGCAACCAUUACGUUAAUUAGCAGAGCAUCGCAACUAGGCUUCGAAUAACAGAACUAUGUAACCAUUACUUUAAUUAGCAGAGCAUUGAACCUAGGCUUCGAAUAACAGAACUUUGUAACCAUUAUUUUAAUUAUCAAAGCAUUCUAACUAGGCUUGCACAUUUUUUCAAUGGGAUGAUAUUUUCAAAUAACUCUCAUUUGGUGCAUACCAAGUUCUGUGGUUUGUAAUGGAUUGGGAUUUCAAUGUAAAUUCUGACUUAUAGACUAAAAUAGCCAAAACAUAGUUGUCUUGGAUAAUUUUUACAAUUUGGCUCUUUUGGUCUAUAUUGUCAAAUUCACAACCAUUCCCACUUUAAAGAUUUCUCCCAAAACAAAUUCUUCUUUCACUGUUACAGUUCUACAGAGACGCCAAAGACUCCCAGGAACUCCUGAAGAAGGUGGACACAGAUUUGGACCAUAAGUACAGCCCAGACUUUAAGGAUAAAUAUCAAAUUGAAGCCCAGCUGCGAGAGCUCGAGGUAAGACAUGGGCCGGAGCAGGCAGAGUGUCUGAAAUUUAAAGAUCUGCUCUAGGAUGUCAUCCAGGUAUCAACUAAACUCAGAACAAAAUCAGAGUGGUAAAACCGAGGCUCUAAUAACUUGCUGUGACGAUGGAGAAUUUCUCAGAAUCAUCUACUUUAGUCUCAGUUUUGUCAUUCAGACUUGUGACCUCAUUUUAAUAUUGUUGGAUAUGAAAUGAUUCAAGAUUUAUGGAUAAACUUUUAAAAUAAUUUUUUCAACAUACUGAAAUAUCAAAACUAUAAUCUCUAAAAGAAAAUCUGUAAAUAUGUCAAAAAAUAUCAAACUAUUACAAAAUUAAUUAUUUUUUUUAGAAUAUUAAAUCCUUUUACGAUUUUAUCCAAAAAUAUCAAAUCACUUGGAAAUCUUAUCCAUCAAUAUUAAACUGAGGCCUUAAUUUGCUAGCAUUUUAAGUUUAUUAAAUAAACCUGUUUUUUCUAUAGGUGGUUAAUACAGCAUUUGUAUUAAUUCGCUAACGUUAACAUUAAACAUUUAACAAACUAUAACGGUGGGAGACCAGAUGUAGUGAACUACAUCUCCCCUAUGGCUGAAAGGGCAUUAUGGGAGAUGUAGGCCACAACAUCUGGAGUGUGGAAGGUUGCCUACCCGGACUGUAGUAUGAUAUGGAAAGAUGUGCUAUAUUUAUAUUAGUGGAUCGUUUUAUGCAAUAAAAACAUUUUAGUAACAUUAUCUCUCCCUUCUGAUAGGACCAGGAGAAGGCACUGGACAAGUACGAAGAUGUUGUAUCUUCCUUACAAAAGCGCAGUCAUCAGGUCGCUCCUCUAAAAUUCCGCAGGGAGACCCCAUUGAAACCCAUCCCAGUUGAGGCUCUGUGCGACUUUGUCUCUGACGAGGUACAGUAUAUGUGUUAAAGUGUCCUCUCAGUGUGCUGCAUGCUCUGCACAUAGUGUGUCCUCUCAGCGUGCUGCAUGCUCUUCACAUAGUGUGUCCUCUCAGCGUGCUGCAUGCUCUGCACAUAGUGUGUCCUCUCUGCGGGCUGCAUGCUCUGCAUGGUGUGUUCUCUCUGCGGGCUGCAUGCUGCAUGGUGUGUUCUCUCUGCGUGCUGCAUGUUCUGCAUGGUGUGUUCUCUCAGUGUGCUGCAUGCUCUGCAUGGUGUGUUCUCUCUGCAUGCUACAUGCUCUGCAUGGUGUGUUCUCUCUGCAUGCUACAUGCUCUGCAUGGUGUGUUCUAUCAGUAUGCUGCAUGCUCUGUUCUCUCUGCAUGCUACAUGCUCUGCAUGGUGUGUUCUCUCAGUGUGCUGCAUGCUCUCUGUGGUGUGUUCUCUCUGCGUGCUGCAUGCUCUGCACAUAGUGACAUAGUGUUAACUCUCUGCGUGCUGCAUGCUCUCCGUGGUGUGUCCAUUCAAUGUGCUGUAUGCUCUGCAGGGUGAGCUAACUCGCAGCUCAAACUACACUCUGAAGACCAAUAAAGGAGAGAAGUGGGAGGUGAUAGACAGCCAUGGAAAGAAAUUGGUAGCUCCUGGUGUUUGUUUCAUGAUCCCCCCAACAGACCCUGAGGCCAUCGCUCUUGGAGACAGGUAAAUGGCUACUAAUUUAUAUGGACCUUUCUCUAAUCAUUCCUGUACUCGGUCUAUAUAAACCUUCCUGUGAUCAUUCCUGUACUCGGUCUAUAUCAACUCUCCUCUAAUCAUUCCUGUACUCAGUCUCUACAGACCUUCCUCUAAUCAUUCCUGUACUCAGUCUCUCUCUAUAGACCUUCCUCUAAUCAUUCCUGUACUCAGUCUCUCUCUAUAGACCUUCCUCUAGUCAUUCCUGUACUCGGUCUUUAUAGACCUUUCUGUAAUCUGAUCUCUACUCAAUAUGCUCAUCUAAAAGUCCCUGUACUCAAUCUCUAUAUUCUCCCCUUGAGUUGAUAUAGACCUUCCUCUAAUCAUUCCUGUACUCAGUCUCUAUAGACCUUCCUCUAAUCAUUCCUGCACUCAGUCUCUACAGACCUUCCUCUAAUCAUUCCUGCACUCAGUCUCUACAGACCUUCCUCUAAUCAUUCCUGUACUCAGUCUCUAUAGAACUUCCUCUAAUCAUUCCUGAACUCAGACUAUAUAGACCUUCCUCUAAUCAUUCCUGUACUCAGUCUAUAUAGACCUUCCUCUAGUCAUUCCUGCACUCAGUCUCUACAGACCUUCCUCUAAUCAUUCCUGCACUCAGUCUCUACAGACCUUCCUCUAAUCAUUCCUGUGCUUAGUCUCUAUAGACCUUCCUCUAAUCAUUCCUGCACUCAGUCUCUACAGACCUUCCUCUUAUCAUUCCUGUGCUCAGUCUCUAUAGACCUUCCUCUAAUCAUUCCUGCACUCAGUCUCUACAAACCUUCCUCUAAUCAUUCCUGUGCUCAGUCUCUAUAGACCUUCCUCUAAUCAUUCCUGCACUCAGUCUCUACAGACCUUCCUCUAAUCAUUCCUGUACUCAGUCUAUAUAGACCUUCCUCUAAUCAUUCCUGUACUCAGUCUCUAUAGACCUUCCUCUAAUCAUUCCUGCACUCUGUCUCUACAGACCUUCCUCUAAUCAUUCCUGUACUCAGUCUCUAUAGACCUUCCUCUAAUCAUUCCUGUACUCAGUCUCUAUAGAACUUCCUCUAAUCAUUCCUGUACUCAGUCUAUAUAGACCUUCCUCUAAUCAUUCCUGUCCUCAGUCCCUAUAGACCUUCCUCUAAUCAUUCCUGUACUCAGUCUCUCUCUAUAGACCUUCCUCUAGUCAUUCCUGUACUCAGUCUAUAUAGACCUUCCUCUAAUCAUUCCUGUACUCAGUCUCUCUCUAUAGACCUUCCUCUAGUCAUUCCUGUACUCGGUCUUUAUAGACCUUGCUGUAAUCUGAUCUCUACUCAAUAUGCUCAUCUAAAAGUCCCUGUACUCAAUCUCUAUAUUCCCCCCUUGAGCUGAUAUAGACCUUCCUCUAAUCAUUCCUGUACUCAGUCUCUAUAGACCUUCCUCUAAUCAUUCCUGUACUCAGUCUAUAUAGACCUUCCUCUAAUCAUUCCUGUACUCAGUCUAUAUAGACCUUCCUCUAAUCAUUCCUGUACUCAGUCUCUACAGACCUUCCUCUAAUCAUUCCUGCACUCAGUCUCUACAGACCUUCCUCUAAUCAUUUCUGUGCUCAGUCUCUAUAGACCUUCCUCUAAUCAUUCCUGCACUCAGUCUCUACAGACCUUCCUCUAAUCAUUCCUGCACUCAGUCUCUACAGACCUUCCUCUAAUCAUUCCUGCACUCAGUCUCUACAGACCUUCCUCUAAUCAUUCCUGCACUCAGUCUCUACAGACCUUCCUCUAAUCAUUCCUGCACUCAUUCUCUACAGACCUUCCUCUAAUCAUUCCUGCACUCAGUCUCUAUAGACCUUCCUCUAAUCAUUCCUGCACUCAGUCUCUACAGACCUUCCUCUAAUCAUUCCUGUACUCAGUCUCUAUAGACCUUCCUCUAAUCAUUCCUGCACUCUGUCUCUACAGACCUUCCUCUAAUCAUUCCUGCACUCUGUCUCUACAGACCUUCCUCUAAUCAUUCCUGUACUCAGUCUCUAUAGACCUUCCUCUAAUCAUUCCUGUACUCAGUCUCUAUAGAACUUCCUCUAAUCAUUCCUGUACUCAGUCUAUAUAGACCUUCCUCUAAUCAUUCCUGUCCUCAGUCCCUAUAGACCUUCCUCUAAUCAUUCCUGUACUCAGUCUCUCUCUAUAGACCUUCCUCUAGUCAUUCCUGUACUCAGUCUAUAUAGACCUUCCUCUAAUCAUUCCUGUACUCAGUCUCUCUCUAUAGACCUUCCUCUAGUCAUUCCUGUACUCGGUCUUUAUAGACCUUGCUGUAAUCUGAUCUCUACUCAAUAUGCUCAUCUAAAAGUCCCUGUACUCAAUCUCUAUAUUCCCCCCUUGAGCUGAUAUAGACCUUCCUCUAAUCAUUCCUGUACUCAGUCUCUAUAGACCUUCCUCUAAUCAUUCCUGUACUCAGUCUAUAUAGACCUUCCUCUAAUCAUUCCUGUACUCAGUCUAUAUAGACCUUCCUCUAAUCAUUCCUGUACUCAGUCUCUACAGACCUUCCUCUAAUCAUUCCUGCACUCAGUCUCUACAGACCUUCCUCUAAUCAUUUCUGUACUCAGUCUCUAUAGACCUUCCUCUAAUCAUUCCUGCACUCAGUCUCUACAGACCUUCCUCUAAUCAUUCCUGCACUCAGUCUCUACAGACCUUCCUCUAAUCAUUCCUGCACUCAGUCUCUACAGACCUUCCUCUAAUCAUUCCUGCACUCAUUCUCUACAGACCUUCCUCUAAUCAUUCCUGCACUCAGUCUCUAUAGACCUUCCUCUAAUCAUUCCUGCACUCAGUCUCUACAGACCUUCCUCUAAUCAUUCCUGUACUCAGUCUAUAUAGACCUUCCUCUAAUCAUUCCUGUACUCAGUCUCUAUAGACCUUCCUCUAAUCAUUCCUGCACUCUGUCUCUACAGACCUUCCUCUAAUCAUUCAUGUACUCAGUCUCUAUAGACCUUUCUCUAAUCAUUCCUGUACUCAGUCUCUUUAGAACUUCCUCUAAUCAUUCCUGUACUCAGUCUAUAUAGACCUUCCUCUAAUCAUUCCUGUACUCAGUCUCUAUAGACUUCCUCUAGUCAUUCCUGCACUCAGUCUCUACAGACCUUCCUCUAAUCAUUCCUGUACUCAGUCCCUAUAGACCUUCCUCUAAUCAUUCCUGCACUCAGUCUCUACAGACCUUCCUCUAAUCAUUCCUGUACUCAGUCUCUACAGACCUUCCUCUAAACAUUCCUGCACUCAGUCUCUACAGACCUUCCUCUAAUCAUUCUUGUACUCAGUCUCUACAGACCUUCCUCUAAUCAUUCCUGUACUCAGUCUAUAUAGACCUUCCUCUAAUCAUUCCUGUACUCAGUCUCUACAGACCUUCCUCUAAUCAUUCCUGCACUCAGUCUCUACAGACCUUCCUCUAAUCAUUCCUGUACUCAGUCUCUAUAGACCUUCCUCUAAUCAUUCCUGCACUCUGUCUCUACAGACCUUCCUCUAAUCAUUCCUGUACUCAGUCUCUAUAGACCUUCCUCUAAUCAUUCCUGUACUCAGUCUCUAUAGAACUUCCUCUAAUCAUUCCUGUACUCAGUCUAUAUAGACCUUCCUCUAAUCAUUCCUGUACUCAGUCCCUAUAGACCUUCCUCUAAUCAUUCCUGUACUCAGUCUCUCUCUAUAGACCUUCCUCUAGUCAUUCCUGUACUCAGUCUAUAUAGACCUUCCUCUAAUCAUUCCUGUACUCAGUCUCUCUCUAUAGACCUUCCUCUAGUCAUUCCUGUACUCGGUCUUUAUAGACCUUGCUGUAAUCUGAUCUCUACUCAAUAUGCUCAUCUAAAAGUCCCUGUACUCAAUCUCUAUAUUCCCCCCUUGAGCUGAUAUAGACCUUCCUCUAAUCAUUCCUGUACUCAGUCUCUAUAGACCUUCCUCUAAUCAUUCCUGUACUCAGUCUAUAUAGACCUUCCUCUAAUCAUUCCUGUACUCAGUCUAUAUAGACCUUCCUCUAAUCAUUCCUGUACUCAGUCUCUACAGACCUUCCUCUAAUCAUUCCUGCACUCAGUCUCUACAGACCUUCCUCUAAUCAUUUCUGUGCUCAGUCUCUAUAGACCUUCCUCUAAUCAUUCCUGCACUCAGUCUCUACAGACCUUCCUCUAAUCAUUCCUGCACUCAGUCUCUACAGACCUUCCUCUAAUCAUUCCUGCACUCAGUCUCUACAGACCUUCCUCUAAUCAUUCCUGCACUCAGUCUCUAAUCAUUCCUGCACUCAGUCUCUAUAGACCUUCCUCUAAUCAUUCCUGCACUCAGUCUCUACAGACCUUCCUCUAAUCAUUCCUGUACUCAGUCUAUAUAGACCUUCCUCUAAUCAUUCCUGUACUCAGUCUCUAUAGACCUUCCUCUAAUCAUUCCUGCACUCUGUCUCUACAGACCUUCCUCUAAUCAUUCAUGUACUCAGUCUCUAUAGACCUUUCUCUAAUCAUUCCUGUACUCAGUCUCUUUAGAACUUCCUCUAAUCAUUCCUGUACUCAGUCUAUAUAGACCUUCCUCUAAUCAUUCCUGUACUCAGUCUCUAUAGAACUUCCUCUAGUCAUUCCUGCACUCAGUCUCUACAGACCUUCCUCUAAUCAUUCCUGUACUCAGUCCCUAUAGACCUUCCUCUAAUCAUUCCUGCACUCAGUCUCUACAGACCUUCCUCUAAUCAUUCCUGUACUCAGUCUCUACAGACCUUCCUCUAAACAUUCCUGUAUUCAGUCUCUACAGUCCUUCCUCUAUUCAUUACUGUACUCAGUCUGUAUACACCUCAGUCAGGGAUCUAAAAGUUCCUGUACUCAAUCUCUGUAUUCCCCUCUUAUAUUUAUAUAUUUAUCCUGUACGUUAUAGGUUUUUUUGCUAACUGCUUCUAUAGCGAAUCCCUCUAGUUCCUCUUUAAUUGUCUGAUUUAUCCCUCUUUGGCAGUCAUUCUAUAAAUUUGCAUCCCCGUUAUAUCUCCUCUAACCACUCUCUCUAAUUCCAGUUCUAAAUGCUGAUAUGAUGCCUCAUAGCAUCCACCUUAACAAUUUUUUUAAUAACCAAACCUUUACUAAUUCUCAUUAUUGUGACAGCAUCGGCAACCAAUACCGAGCCACAAAGCAGAAAGCCGUCAAAGACCGGGGUGCAUUGCUCCAGCGUUACGAUGACCUGAAGAGAGAAUCCAACAAGGGUAUGUUGGGAUAACUGGGGCACAAACUGGGUGAGACAGAGCAUGGUGGCCAACAGUAACAUCCCCAACUUAUGUAGCACUACAAUUCCAAUGAUACUUUGCUUUCCUGCCAUGGGCGGUAAAAAUGAGGGUCUACCUGUUGGCUACCCUUGACAUAAAGUGGUCUUGAAACUGGAUAAAACAGAAAGUCUUGACUUCCAAUUAUUUACUAUAUGGAGCAAACCUGCACCAUGAAAGGUAGUGGCACGGUUCCUUAUUUAGCCCAGGCUCUGGCACCACCAGGGGAUGUCAUGCAGGUGGAGGGGAACCUUUCCAAUGGUCCUUCUUCUCUCCUGUUGUUAUGGCGCUUUAGCUCUGCCCCCUUUUAUGAUGAGCCAAUGCCAUGCCGCUGAUGAUGUCACGGCCUGCCAAAACAUUAAAAUUCAACCAUUUUGGGGGCAUGACUUUAAAAUUAAAGAGCCAUACUAUAAAAAGGUGGUCAAGACUUGGGUCAUUGCCCUGUUAUGGUUCUAGUUUUGGUACCCAAUAGCAUGUUAUAUUCUCGACCAUACUGCUAUUAUUACCCACAGAAUCCUUGAAUCAGCUAUUGUACCUCGCUUCCCUGAUUUCUGGUUUCCCUGCCUCUGGCUUGUCCCUAACUAUUCUCUGUUUCUCAAACUCUAAGGUCCAGUGCACGUUUAUUCCUGAUUGUUUAUUACACACUGCAUCUUGGGUCUUUCUGUAUGUCUGACAGAUGAACGUGGGGUUUGGAGUUCAGCAAGAACUGGAGAGUUAGAGUUUGCCAACCCCUGGGAGCCAGAGAAAGACAUUUACCCACUUAGUAAAUUGCAGUAACCUGAAAUAUCCAUGGCUCUGCUAAUUCUCCAACUUGGCCUUUUUAGUCAAAUCGGUUCUUAAUUCACCACAACUUGCUCAACAAGUAAAUUGACAUUGGGCAAACUACCACUCUCAUUGUUCUCAGCCAGCCACAGGUGUAGAUCAACACGGACUAUAGGUCCGUUCUUUGUCCGGCCUUGUUUCAGGUUUAGCUUGGUUGAGGGAACCAGACUCCUGGCUGUGCAUAUGUGACUAUAUAUAACUAUAAAACACGUGGUUAUAUUAUAUUGGCUGAAAGCUUUUAGAGAAGAAUCUUUGAUAUAUAAUCCCUGCAAAAAGGCCCUAGCUGGCUCCAUGUGCUUCAGAAAAUGUGGAGAUCAAAGGAAUAUCUAGAAGUUGUUAAUCCAAAAACUCGUCUGACAUCAGCCAUUUGGAUACUGACAUUGGUUGUGUCGAAUGACCACAUAUUCAGAAGGAUUGAACAUCAUAUUGAGAAACUGAAAGUAUUGUACCGUUUGGGAGCAUUAGGUAGAAAAACAUGGGCAUGAAAGAAGUCUCUAGAUUAUUCCAGAUAAUCCAGAGUCGCACUGACCAUCCCCCCAUGCCUGCUAUAGACCCUUAUUCCUCUUGCUUCGCAUGGUAAAUCUUUUUGAGAGUACCUUACAGGGACACUCUAAGCAACAUACCCAUUGCAGCUUUCUAUGCACCCCAUGAUCCAGGACGUGGUAUAGCUCAGCCUAUGUAAUAAUAUAUUCUAAUUCUAUGGUAAAAGUGCUAGUGCCAAACUCUUAAAAUUAUUACCCACAGCUGUUUCAAGUUCCCAGGAUACCCAGGGCCGUCAGCUUCUCGCAGGGAUGGACAAAGUCAUCAGUGACCUGGACCGGCAAGAGAAGGCCAUCAGUUUCCAACUACGACCCCCGCUGGAGCAAAACAGGGGAGUGCAGGACAGCUCGGAAAGGCUAAAGGAGCUCAAGGUAAUGCUCAGAGAGCAUUAGUAUCAAUUUUUGUUUGAGAGCACGCAUAUAGACUUAAAAACAUAUCUUAAGACAAGUGAUUCAAUAUUAUUAUUUUAUUAUUUAUAUAGCGCCAUCAGAUUCCGUAGCGCUGUACAAUGUUCGACUCCCUGCUGCUCUGUGAUUGGCUGAUAGCUGCACCUUUUAAAGGCUACCUAUGUUUAAAUUACAACUUACCUUGCUUCCUUUUAUCUCCUACAAACAGUUUAUCGACACAAAAUAAUGAACACAGUUUGAUUUAAGCAGCUUUCCGCUUAAAGGGAGUGUCUUUAUUUUAGGAGUCCUGUGUUUCCUGCUUAAUAUUAUAUCUGGGCAACAGAAACUCAUUAUGACUCACGCUGUUUGUAUAGCAGUACGUAUUAUAUGGGUCCCACAGUACAGGAACAGGCAAUGCCAAGAUAAUAAUAGUUGGAAAUAUUGCGAGAUUCGCAAACUAUAAGCUAUUUGGCAACAGAGUGGCAACACUUGGCAGGAUCGCAGAAUCCUUUGGGAGCUAUUGUUAUUCCUACAAUAAGCUCCAACUUUGAGCUGAAUUUUAUAUUGCCCUGUUACAAGUCCAGCUAUGAACCUGAUUUCCACCAGAUUUCCUCUGUUAAAGGAAAACUGCAGUUAUUUUCGUUUUCUGUUAGGCAACAUUGACAUAUCUAUCCAUAUAGAUAUAUACAAACAAGGCACCAUCCAGAUUGAAAACGAAUAUUUUCAGUGUUCAUUAUGAAACUGAGGAGAGGCAGCAUGCGCUGUCCACCACUGACUUGCUCUUGGGGAAGGUUUGCCGUGUGCUGUCCACUGAUGGGAUGUCUCACGUUUUUUGUAGCUAAUUUUAGCCAAUCACACGCAGCAGACAGUCUAACUUUCAUUACACCAGUCACACGUUCUGCCAUGUAAACAAUUAUACAUACCAGAAUUAAUGGGAGUGUGUUAGAGCAUUGAAUUAAGGAAUAUCUGAACAUAAAAAUAAAAUAAUGUUUAAAAGAUACACAUUUUUUUGGUAAUAUAACUUUUAUAUGAAUGUAAUAUGAGGUAUUUUGGGUCAUCAGUGUCUCUUAAUUCAUUCUUUCUUGGGUCUUCUAGAAUAUCUCCAAUCAAGUACGUCGUAUCGAGCCUGAGAAGAGCCAACGUGUCCAAGAGUGUGACGUCUACUUGAAGAACAACCAAGAUGUCUCCAGUUCUCCUAUCCUACGAAGCAAAAUGUCAGAAACCAACAAUAAGUACGACCGCGUCAAUGACCUCCUCAGUUCUGCCCAGGAGAAGUAAGUAAUGCACGAACUGUCUCUCUGCUGCAUGGACUUGGCUGAAAGUAGGUUUCAAAUUCAUGAUCUUACCCCUAACCUUCCAAUAUAAUCUGUUUAAUUGUAAAUGCAUACUAUAUUGUUUAUUAUUCGGAUUAGUGAUUAAAUUUAAUCAAAUACAUGCUGGUGAUUUCUACUGUCUAUUCCAUGUAGAUAUGAAUUUCCAUUUCUCCCAUAUUAUGUGUUCACACCAUGGAGACUUUUCCAUGAGUGGAUUUGGUGGUUGGGGCAUGUAUCUGCAUUUCUUCUGGUCGGGGUCUUUAUCAACUUUUCAUGUUUGCUCUAGACUUGAUGGAGCCAAUCGUCUCGAGAACAGCCUGCAGAAGAGUCGUGACCUGCUUUCCACAUAUGAGACCAAACUUUCUCAAGAUGACACUGUGCCUGAGGACCCACGUGCAGCGGAUAAAAAGCUGCAAGAGUUGACUGUGAGUGAUUGUAGAUAUUGGUAGGCAUGUGCAUGGGAAAAAUUUUCAGUUUGGCAUUCCGAAAUUUGUGACUUCGGCAAUUCGGCACUUCGGAACGUCGGCAACUUCGGCACUUCGAAAAUUCUGUAAUUUCAGAACUUCGGGACCUCGCCAAUUCGGGACUUCGGCACUUCAGAAUUUUGGAACGUCUCUUGCAGCCAGUGGCGUACACAUGACCCAUGGGGCCCCGGUGCGAAAAUUGAUCUGUGGGCCCCCCCCGCGCUUACUCAGCGCGGGUCGGGACAGCAACACAUGGCGGCAGGCACCUGGUCGCAGGGGUUGCAGGGCUGCGACCCCGCGACCGCGGUAUGCACACACACUUAAAGGACCACUACAGACACCCAGAUCACAUCAGCCGGUUCCGAGGCCUAGAAUGAUGAGUAUCCGAUUUCAGUUGGAACAUAAAUGCACUAUAUUACACGACCAUGGUUAAAGGGAGCUGAUAAUGCUGGAUGGUCAUAUAGACAGACAGGCAUCUUUAUAAAUGCUACAAGUACAAAGUGAACUUGAAAGGUCCAGAAUCAGGAAGAAACAUCCAUGCCCCCCAACUGUCCCAGUUUCGGGUUCCUGUCCCAUCAUCCCGAAUUGAUGCCCGUGUCCCGUAUCCGGGGACACUAAGAAGCUGUCUUAAAGGGACACUAUAGUCACCCAGACCACUUCAGCUCAAUGAAGUGUUCUGGGUGCCAGGUCCCUCUAGUUUUAACCCUGCAGCUGAAAACAUAGCAGUUUCAGAGCGGUGGGUGGGGGCCCUAGAAAUUAGUUAGGGAGGGACCUAAUGUCCUCCCCCCUGCCCCCACCCCUGAGUGGUGGGUGGGGGCCCUAAAUUAGAAUGAGGGGAAGGACCUAAUUGUAACGGCACCCCAGGCAUAAAAAGGGUUAAACCGCCGUUUAGUAGAUCUUCCCUUCCAGAGACACAGGCACAGCUACUGCAGAACACCAAACUCCCGAACUGGAUACAAGGGAAUGCUCCAAACUCCCGAACUGGAACUGCCUACAUAAUAGCACUCCAAACUUACGAACUGGAACCUCACGAAUAGCUGCUAGCAGACGAACAGGAAAAGCACCCAAGCGGCUUACACUCCUGGCAAUCAGUCUCUAACAGCAUACAGUAAAUCCCCCCCAAAGAUGAGACAGAGCUCCGUGUUGAGGGUCAAGCAGUUAUCUGAUUUAAUGGGGCUACCUGCCCAGUAUUUAUGCAGGUCUUCCACCUGGUGGACACUCCCCUAGGGGACCAGAUGGAAGACUGGGACACAAAUGGUAAAAUGACCAAUCACAGGCAUACAGGGUUAAAACACUACCACAGUACAUCACAAUCCCUCCCUCUAUCCUGGAGAUAAUUGGGAAGUAAUCCAAUUAUCUCCAAGGACAAAGGCAAAACUCCAUUAACCACAUGGUUACAAUAAAACACUAAAAUACAUAAUGUUACAUUUAUCACAUAAAAUAUAUACAUGUAACCCAUCCCCAGAUAGCUGGGAUCUGAGCGCACAAUUGUAGCGAAUAGCGCUCAGAUCCUAUACACAUAAUUCAAUUGCCAUGGAGCCAAAGUCUUUAAUUACACAAAUAGGCUCCAUGGCUGUGCUAUCUGGGUUAAAGUAUUCACAUAAAACAAAGUCCAGAAUGAUCAGGUGUUCAGUUAAAUAGCCACGAAUAGAAGCAGGGAAGGCUGGAGGCUCAGCGGUGCCUGCACAUAAAAGUAUCCACUGAGCACCAUUGGCCAUCCUGGGAGCUCCAUAACACCGCCAUAGGCUGCUCACUGUUUAAUAGACAUGCCCCUACUCGCGGUAUAGCGAGUAGGGGCAUAAUUUACUAAUACUAAGUAAUUCUUACUUAGUAUUAGUAAAUUUGGCUGAAAGACCAACUUAGGUCUUUCAGCCUUUUAGUAGAUAGCUCCCUAAUACCGUGGGAAUUAGGGAGUUAUCUACUUAUUCAUCCCUGCCAUUACAUUGACUGGCCAAGUAACUUACAUUUAAGUAACUUACAUUUUAUAUGAAUGUAUGUUACUUGAUUGUUGUAAGUGUUGCAAAUGCUUACAGCUGAAUCCUGUUUGUAUACUUUUUAUUUAAAAUGGUAUACAGUGUAACAUUCUUCUUCUUCCACUGGGUAAGUAUAUUAGUACUUAGGCAAUACUGUGCUUCGGAACUUUGGAAUUUUGGCACUUCGGAAAUUCAGUAAUUUUGGAACUUCGGGACCUCGGUAAUUCAGCACUUCGGCUAUUCGGAAGUACCGAAUGUCCGAAUUGCCUGAAAUUCGUCCAAAUUCAUAUUCGGUCCGAAACAAAUUGCACGUCUAGAUAUUGGCUACUGUGUGAAACAUGGCAUUUUAUUUGUGUAGUUAAUUUUUCUUGCCUGAUCUUAAUGUUGUUUUCUGUCCGGUUCAGGCAAUGAGCUCGGAGCUGCAAAUGGGGAGAGGGGUCCUUGCCGAAGCAGAACAGAAUCUUCACAACAGUAAGCUGAUAUGUAAUAACAUGGCCAAUCGCUUCCAGGAGCAUUGCCCAGAUAUUGAGCGCCAAGAGGCUGAGGUGUCAAAACUCAACAAACGAUACAGCCAACUGGAUCAACAGAUUCAGAGCAGGUAAGAGGACACCUGUGAGGAUAGUGUGCAACUCUUUUAAUGUAAUGUAAUUCUGCACAAUUUCUGAUAUGCUGGUUCUCCGGUACAGAUCACAAGCUUUGCAAAAAGCGAAGACAGCUUAUUCUGGCUACCACAACAGCUACGACAACCUCAACCAAUGGCUACUUAAUGUACCCAACUACGAGCCCAAGGAAUCGGACAGCGUCAAGCAAGUUGAGACCAAACUAAAGAAUCAAAGGGUAAAAAAACUAUUGAAACAGAGUUGAUAAGAGUGUUUUUUUUUUUGGACAAUCUUUAUUUAUCAAGAUUUUCUUAAUCGUUUAUAAAGACAUGGGUUCAGAUUGGAAACUAGGGGUACACAUAGUUAAGAUGACAAUUUAGCAGGUUGCUUAGAACAAAGUCAAAAUCUGGUUAUAUCCUGUCCGCAAUGUAAAAGGAAAACUAUUGGUUUCUAUCUAAAAUAAGAAACCUACUCUGAACUUUACCUGAAGGUCUAUGGCCGUGCUACCAAGAUGAUUGUAGUGAACUAGGUGUUUGGUAAAAAUUUGGUAAUGGAGCGAAGUGGAGUGAGAAGUGUGGAGAACAAAACAAUUUUUAAUGGAAAGAAUUUGGUGUGGUCGCAUAUUCAAGCCAUGGAAGCCACUUCUGAGAACAUUUCUCAGUGGUGCCUUUAAGUUCUGCUGUGAGAGCCUCCAUUUUGUGUAAUUUUUCCACUCUCGUCUGCCUACACUGUACGGGAUAAGAGUAUUUUUAUUUAUCGUAUCAAACACUCUUUGGUGCAUGCUUGGUAAUAUUCAGCAUCAGCAGCAGAAGGUUGUGUUAUAUCUCAAAAAGAAGAUUAUGUGUAGCAAUGGUGACCAUUGGUCCUUAGUAAUAUCACACAAUGCCCAAAGGACAUUCUGGCAACUUUCACCUUUGGUGGACUACAGGGACUGAAUUUGAAAGCCGGUAAAUGAACCUCAAGGAGACCUCUAGAACCUCUAGUUGCUGCUGAGUGUGGAAAAUGAACAUCACGUGAAUCCUAGAUCAUAGAAGAUGGAGUGCUUAUGAUGUUCAUCUUUGGCCUAAACUGACUUGUUUUAAACCAAAAUGUAGGGCUUAUGCAGUUCCUAGUGAGUACUGUAUAGUGUGGUUUUCAGGUUUCUCCCCCACCCCAUAGAGCUAAAACAAAAUGUCACCGGGUAAUGAUUAACAUCUACAGAUAAAUAUGGAGACAAAAAAAAGUGAGAGACUUAUCAGAGUUCACAGACUCUUAAUUGAGACAUUUAAUUGUGAGAUACCUCAGAAGGGUAGAUAGAUCUGGAAGAUAUUGCUAGAUAUUGGAGUACUAAGACUUGUUCUCCUUCUCCCCUUGUAGCUCCUGCUGGGGGAAUUUGCAGAUCGAGAGCAAGACAUGAUUCAUGUUUCGGAGAGUGCACAGCAGUAUCAACAAGCAGUAAAGGUAAUAUAUCUCUCAUCUGUUGUAUUUGAAAUGACUAUUGAAUUUUGGAGAGGCCCUUAUUCCUGGAGCCUUCUAGAAGCUUAUCAACGGAACUUCUAUUAAUGGGUAGAUAAUCUUCUCAUUGCAUACCAAGCUACGAUUGUGAAACUAUCCUCACUGAAUUUUGGAAGUAAAGUGUUUUUACUUAAAGUUGUAACUUGAUUUUUCCUGUUACUUUGUUUCAGGAUUACGAGCUGGAUGCUGAGAAACUGAGGUCCAUGUUGGACAUGGAGAACAGGAGGAGUAGUUACAGCAAACGUGCUAGAAUCCAAUCUCCAGCCACCAAAGUAAAGGAAGAGGUACGUGGAAAACCAAAAUUAUUCUUUCAUGUUGUAAUCAUUUGUUAAAGUUUGUAGACCCGGCACAUUACAGCCAUUCUCUACCCCUCCAAUUUCAUAACCAGCUUCCUUUCAUCUUCUUACAACCUUCCUUGCUCCCUUUCCAAUUCCUUACCAGCUUCCUUCAAUUUCCUGUUCAUUAGUUAAUUCUAAUUCUACCAUUUAACAUCUUCCAUCUUUGUCCUUUCCAUUUGUACUAGCUCCUGUUUCUGUUCCUUCCAUUUUCUUAUUUGUUGUCAUCUCCCAUCCUACCAUUCGUUUACUCGCUCCAUUUCCUUCACUUUUCCAUAUAGUCCAACGCUUCAUUAUGUGCUGGGAUGGGGGAAAAAAAAUUUCUCCUUUAAAUUGGCAUUUCUUAGAGAGUUUUUGUCUCCCAUUUUUAUUUAGAAUGUUUUCUCAGUUCCUUCUGGCUGUGUUAGCUCUGUUAUCGAUUCUCACAUCUCUUCACAAACACUCGUCCUUUGGUUUCUUGCCAUCCAAACGUAAUCCUGGUUUUCAUGUCUCCUUGUUAUAGAGUUAAUAACACCAUCCCACCACAUUUUCCUUCCCAGUUCUCCGCUUUCAUCUUUCCUCCCUAUACAUUCACACUACACGUUUUACAAUCUUUAUACAAGCACGCCUUUAUACAAGCACUCCCUACAGCUGCACACUCGUCAAUACAAGCUUUCUUCUCCGUUGUGGACACAUUGUAAAGAUCCCACAGUUGCAUUUACGACCUCUGUUCCCUGCUCUAUUCAUCUUUUUACAACUUUUCUGAAGGAUGUACAAGGGUUUUCCGAAUUUUCAUUAAAACUAGAUGUUUGUGUAUGUAUAUUUAUUUAGCGGUAUUAUUUAUAUAUCUAUAUUUAGCUAGCUUUACCACCGUAACAAUUUAUUUCCCUUCCUAAGGCAUAUAAAUUAGAUGUACAACUUUUCAAGUCCCAUUUUGAAGUCAAAUAUGUUAAACCAUGGUGGAUCUGGCAGUCCUAAUAAUAAAUAUCGACGCCAUUUGGGGCAUUAUGUUUUUGUAUACGUUUGCCACUUUGGGUGUCAGAGAAGUAGGAAUCAUAUAGCCUUACAAUGUGUUGAGUAAUUAUGGUAUACUCAAAUCUAGGCCUAGACUGGACAUUAAGCGCAAAGUGGAAAGGUUCCGAGAACCGCUGUGCCAGGAUCCAAUGGCACUGGCAACUUUCAAAUGACAACCAUCAAAAUAAUUUCUAUGGCACCAUUGUAGCUCACGGCUGUUUGUAGCAGUAAUUGAAUGGCAUAUAUCAUUUUAUGUGGGGCUUAGGAUGCAUGAAAAUCUUGCGAACUACACAGCGACUAUGCCAAGAACAUGAUUAAUUAUUCCUCUAUUACAAGGUGCGCUUAAACAAACAGCAUCUAUACAAUUCUAAAUCCACUGCACCAUCGCAUGAUGUCAUAAGUCAACGUCAUGUGAUGUAAAACAUUUCUCAGUCAGAUAUUUCCAAUGACAGACUUGCCAAAGCUUCUUUUCCAUCACAUUACAGGUUGAAGUUAAACUUCAAGAAAAUUAUUAAAAGAUACCAUUCCGAAGUGUGCCGUUUAUAACACCCUCACAUUUUCUCCACAGGAGGCAGACCUAUCGGCGAGAUUUACUGAAGCCGGCGCGGUCAAUAAGCAGAGACUGCAGACACUAGAAUUUGCACAAAGCCUUCUGCGCCAGGUAAAAAGAAGCUUACACUACAUUUCCCACAAUGCCGUACCAUACCACCAGGAAAUGUUUAGACUCAAACCUGUACUUCACUUUCAACCCGUGACUACUCCAAGAUGUUGAACACAAAGUACAGGCACAAUUUGUAGCAUUUUCUCACACAACUCUGUGAAAUUAAUAAGGGGAGUCCCAGUAAUUAUUAUUUUUUUUCUUUAGACCAUUUAAAGGGGAACUGUCACUUUAGCCUCUAAUAAAUAACACUGGUUAGAACUUUACCAUGUUUUUAUAAUAUCAGAUUUACCAGACACUUAUGCCCAUCUCCCUACAGAACAUAUAUUGGGAGGGGGGGAGGGGGGGUGUAAGUUGGUGUUUAUAUAUCGUAGCUCUUCCCAUUCCCACACACUCCACUUCCCCCCUUCCUCCCCUACAUAUUUAAACAAAUAUAUGUCUUGUUUUCAAAAUAUACUUUUUCUCAAAGCAAAAUUACUUAAACAUUGUUUUGGUUUUAGUAGUGAUGCUGCCUGCAAAAUGCUGUAAUAAGCUAAGGAAUAGCAGGUCUUAGGGCCGGCUCCCCUCAAAUGUUAGCCAGCUGGGUAAAUUGAAAUGCAACUAUAGGAAAAAUGUUCGCAAUUGAACACAUUGUACAAAGCGCUUACUGAUUCAGUAUUAUUUAUUUAUUUUACACAGCAACCAGAGGUGGAAGUCCAACAGCAAUCAGUUCAGAUGAGUCGUUCUGAGAGGCCCGCAGAGGAAACUUGGAAAAUAAAGAAUAUGUUGGAUGAUGAAGUCCAGCGUAGACAGCAGUUGGAAACAGAAAUCAAGAGCACACGUGAUGAGAUAGUCUUUCUACAAAACCAGAAACCUCAGGAGACUGUUGUUAAGAAAGAAGUCUUGAAGAAAGUACCAGAUCCACAACUGGAAGAAGAGUAUCGCAGGGUCCUGGAGAAAGUCUCAGAAGAACAGCGCAAAAACAAGUCCUUGGAGGAUGAGUUGAAUUCCCUGAGGCUGAAGGUACGGACUUUGGAGUAUGAGCAAAAGGAAGGAGGACAAGAAUAUGUAGUAAAGGAGGUGUUAAGGAUUGAGAAGGACAAGGAGCAGCAUGAAGAAUAUCUAAGGCUCAAGGAAGAGUUAGAAGAGCUGAAGAGACAGAAAGGAUCAAAGCAAAGUGAGAUUGCAAGCUUGAGGGAGCGAUUGCUCAUCUUGGCAGAACAAAAAAACAAGCAGCAGGAAAAAAUUACAGAAAAGGAGGUCAUCAAGUUGCAGAAUGAUCCUCAGCUGGCUGCAGAGUAUAAACUACUUCAGGAAAAUAAACAGAGAGAGAGUGCACAAAGGCAGAAGGAGGAAGAGGAACUGAUCCUGCUUCAAGAUCAACUAAAACGUCUUGAAAAAGAGCGUGCCAUGGCCGAAGGCAAGAUUACAGUAAAGGAAGUACUGAAGGUGGAGAAAGACCUGGAAAGUGAGAAGGAGUUGGCCGACUUACAAAGACAGUAUGAAGACGAGACCUCCAAAAUACGUAUAAAUAUUCGUGAGAAGAAUGAACUUAUCCGGAAAAUCAACAUUUUGGAAGUAGAGAAUUCCAAAGUUAUUGUACAAGAAAAAGUACGUGAGAUUGUUCGUCCUGACCCUAAAGCAGAAAGUGAAUUAGCAAACCUGCGCCUUGAGCUGAUUGAGCAGGAAAGGAAGUACAGAGCAUCUGAGGAACAACUGAAGGUUCUAAAGAAUGAGUUGACAGUAACAAAGCAGAGAGGACCACAGGUGGAGGUAAAGGAAGUAACUAAAGAAGUCAUCAAGCACAAGACUGACCCAGAAUUAAUGGCAGAAUUGUAUAAACUCCGCGAAGAGAUCCUUGAGAAGACUAGAGUGGUAGAACGCUCAGAGCUAGAGAUCACUAAAUUGAAACAGGAGAUACAAAGCUGGAUAGAUACCAAACCUCAGGUGCAGAUCAAAGAGGUGGUCCAGGAGGUAAUCCAAUACAGAGACGAUCCCACUACCAAGAAUGAAGUAGAGAGCCUGAGAUCCCAGUUGGCUGAGGAGCAGAAGAAGUCUUUGGAACUUGAAAGGGAGAGAAUGGCUCAAGAAGAUAAGAUAAGACAAAAAGAAAGGGAAUUGUCACAAGUGAGAGAGAGGAUAGUUCAACAAGAGGUGGUGAAAUUUGAAGAAGAUCCUUUGCUUAAAUCAGAGGUCAACAGUUUCUCAAAGAAUAUUGAAAAUGAGCUAAAACAAAAGGACUCCCUGCAGGAAGAACUUCUUAAGCUGCAGUGGCGCAAGUCAGAACUUGAGAGGCAACUUGAGGAGCUCGAUAGAGAGCGACAAGCUAGGCGAGAUGCCGAGCUUGAGAUUAAAAAGUUGAAGAUGAAGCUGAAUGAGCUGGAACAGAGGGAGUUUGAAACCAAAGAAAAAGUCACUCUAAAACAAAAAGUAGUCCUGCAACAAGAUCCACAGCAAGAGAAAGAGCAUAACUUAUUAAAACUCCAGGUAGAGGACGAGAGGCACAGAAGGCAGAUGCUGGAAACAGAGCUGGAAGCAUUACGUAAUAAAGUCAUCACACUAGAAAAAAUGGAAGUAAAGGAAAAAGUUGUUUUCACAGAGAAAAUUGAAGUAGAGAAGGAUCCGGAAACAGAGCAUGACAUACAGAGGCUGAAGGUCAGUUUGGAAGAUGAGAAUAAGCGCAAGAGAGAGCUGGAAUCUGAAAUUAAUCAUCUUCAAUCUCAUUUGGCUGAACUUGAAUUUAGCAACUCCAAAUCCAACAAGGAGUUAGAGUAUCUGAGGGAAGAGGUCCACAAACUGCAGAUGGACAAACAGAACUUGCAGAUGGAGGCCCGUCACCUCCAGUCAGAGAUUCAGAUCACCAUAAAGGAGGCAGCGGAUCUGAGAAAUAUGACUCAGAUAGACAGUGGUGUAAACCUAGACUCACGCCUGUCUAGCUUAGAAGCAGAAUUGAAAGAACUCCAGAAAAUAUGCAAAGACAAAGAUAAUGAGAUUGAUCAAUUAGAGAGACGUCUGGAGACCAUGGCAAUCAAAAGAGAACAGAGAGAGAACCACCUACGUCGGUCCAUUGUGGUCAUCGACCCAGAUACAGGUAGAGAGAUGUCACCGGAAGAAGCUCGCAAUUUGGGUUUGAUCGACUGGAAGAUGUUUGUCAAUCUCCAGAGUCAAGAAUGUGACUGGGAAGAAAUCACAAUCAAGGGGCCCAAUGGUGAAUCUUCUGUGAUUCAUGACAGGAAAUCUGGAAAGAAGUUUGACAUUGAAGAUGCCCUGAGGAGUGGGCGAAUCAGCAAACGCCAAUAUGAGAGUUACCUCAACAAAGAUAUGCCAAUUCAAGAAUUUGCAGCUUUAGUGUCUGGCAAGAAAUAAAACAUGAUCUACUCAAUGCCCACUUACAGUGGGUUAUAAAAAGGGACAUUGAACCGAUGAAGCUACCCCUUUAGCCUACAUACACAGAAUAACUGCCUUUUUCUACUUUGGCAGAAACCCAACAAUUCUGCUCUGACCAACACCAGCGAUCUUAUGGUUCCUGGUUUCUUGCAGUCUUCUGAAAUUUGAGAAAGCAAUGGACUCGUCUCCUAUGUCAUACUUUAACUCAAGUCACAAUCCAGGUGUCCUUAUCUACUCUAACUCCAAGUCAGGCCCUUCACUGCCAAGAGCAUAGCACAUAAAACAUUCUAAUUAGCUGUCCACCAGGGGCCACUACAUCUGAAAGCUCAAAGUCAUGUUGUAUCCUUUAUUCUUUCAUGAUGAGAUUCUCUAGUUUCUGCACAGCUUUUGUUUUUUUAAAUCAUAUUACAACUUUAAAAUAGAGAUUGUUACAAAUAUUCCAUUGAAUUUGCUAUGAGUUAUUGAUUUGAUGUUCCACGUUAUUCUCAAAUGAAACAGGUCAGAAAACGAUGUUUAGGGAACAUGCACUGAAUAAUAGACAUGUCGAGUGUAAGAACAAGAAAAUUAGUUAAGACAAAUACCACUAAAACUGAAAAUCACAACACAUACUACUGGUGCAAUUCUCCUGUGCCAUCCUGGGGCAGAAUGUUAUAUAGUAUAUAAGAGGUUUGGUAAGUGGCUUAGGUAAACACAGUUAUAGCAUCUCUCCUUUUACACAGCUACCGUGGUGCCUUUGCUUACUAUAAGCUUCCAAAAGCAAUCUUAUGGCGUUGGCCAUAGCUGCAUCCUAAUUCAUGCCUACCUUUCAUUUAUUUUCUCAGUGGGAAUGGGGGAAAUUUGAAAAAAACAAAAAAACUGUAUUUUAUUUAUGUAAACACUAAUAAAGAAAUGGUGGUUUUGAAUGUAUUUCGAGACAUUUGUGUUCAUUAGAAGUUCACAUGGCGUACAUUUGAAGGUUCAAUCUUUUUAUAAAAAAUAAAAAUAAAA